GGAGUUGGGGGCGGGCGGGCGGCGGGCAGGGAAGAGGUGCCCGGAGCUGAGAGCCAAUGGCGGAGUGGGAAGGCGUGUCCUACUUCGGGAGGCACCGCCCCUCCGUUGCCUUCCCUCGGUCCGCCUGUCAGUCAUUGAGUCGGCCGGCCGGUUUUUCUUGCUGCGGUUCUCGUUGUCUCUCCCGCCAUCCUUGCUUCCCUCAUGCAGCUCGCCAGGGGCCCCGCCAGCGGGGAAGCCGCCGCCGCCUCGCCAAUCUCCGGCCCGGCCGCCAUCCAGAUCAGCAGGUACCGCCGCCAAGAGCCACUGGGCUCGUCCUAUCAGGAAAACGCCGCCUCCCCCCGGGGGGGGCUUUGCUGUGGAAGGUGUAGAGAGAAUAAAAGGGCGGAUGGGGGGAGAGGGCGCCUCUGGGCAUGUGCAGAGGGCCUGGGGAAAGGAGGACUCAAUACCGCCAUUAGAUCCCCAUCGUUUCUGCCAGAUGUCACACCACAGAUACCUUCUAGUGAGAUGCGAUAUUGGACUGUACCCAUCUAAGCUUUACUCAGAGUAGACCCAUGGAAGUUUAUGAGCCUAAAUUGGGGGAGGGAGAGGGCCUCUUCCCUCAUCGGGGGUACUCAGUACAUCUGUUUCUAAACUUCAUCCCCCCACCCUUUGUAGCCAAUUGACACCACAAAUACGGCUUAGUGAUAUGCUAUAUUGGGUCGUUACUCAGAGUAGAACCAUGGAUGUUUAUGGGCCUCAAUUGGCCCUUUCCCCAUUAAUUUCAGUGAGCGCAUCCUGACUUGGGCUUAUUUUGGAUUUGCCCCGUUAAAAUGAUGUAAUACCCUAAAAUACCAAAGGAGCUGAAAUAGAGCAUCACCUCUUCUUGAAAUAUAAGAAAUCAGCAGGACCAAAAUCAACAGGAACAACCGACCCACGAGUUGCUUAAGACCAAGAGCAGGUUCGGGGUUGUGUCCGAUGCUAAUCCUACUUGGAGCAGAUGCAUUGAGGUUGAUGGACAUGACUUAGAGUCAUUAAUUUCAAUGGAUCUAUGCUAAGUGGAACUUUGUUGGCUGCAACCCUCAGUAACACUUCAGCCAGUGAGGCCUUGCAGAACAGAUAUAUUGGCGACCAGCUUGAAGAGCAUUAAAGGGGAUUUCGACAGAUUCAUGGAGGAGAAGGCUAUCCAUGAUGACUAGACAUGAUUGUUGGGUUUUACCUCCACUGUCUGAAGCAAUGUGACUGAAUAGCAGCUGCUGGGAAUCACAAACUGGGAGAGUAUUGCUGUGCAGUCAAAUCCUGUUUGUGAGCUUCCUGCUGGGGCAAUUGAGUGGCCACUCUGCGAAUAGAACAUAAAAAGAGCCUGCUGGAUCAGGCCAGAGGUGGCCACCUAGUCCACUGUCCUGUUCUCACAGUGGCCAACCAAAUGCAUGUGGAAAACUCACUAGCAGGACCCAAGCACAAAAGCACUCUCCCCUCCUGUGGUUUCUAGCAACUGGUAUUCAGAAACAUUGCUGCCUAGAUAAUCUGCUGAUCUGAUCCAGUAGGCUCUUCUUAGGUUCUUGUGAGUCUAUCAAUGGCUACUACAUAUGGUGGCUAGAUUAAAACAUCUGGGCUUGGAGGCAGUGUAGCUCUGAAUUCCAACUGCUGGGGAUUGUGUGGAGAGGCUGCUGUUAGACUCAAGCUUGUGGGCUUCUGGAGCAUCUGGUUGGCCACUGUGAGACCAGAAUACUGGACUCAAUGGGCUCUGUUUGGCCUAACCCACAUGUCCAACUUAUUCUUAGGUUUUAUUUCCACCCGACAUUACAGCACUACAAGGAAGUUUGGGGAGUCUCUCUGGGAAGGGCACUCCAUGGCAGUGAUACUAUGCCAGUCAAAGUUUGGUUGCUUUGAGAGUGAACCCACUUAGAUUGCUGUUAAUAUAUGUAGUGAGGGAAGUGGCACUUGUAUGCUCAAAGGUUGUCUUGUCUUCAAGGUGUGGCUGUUCAGAGGGUACAUCCUUAUUCAUCCACCCUCUCUUGCUAUCUAUCAGUGUUGGAAAAGGAAAGGAUUCAUGGAGAUCAAAUUGGAAGUAAAUGGGGCAGAAGAAUGGUGGCGGGAUAUAGGGGUUAAGUUGCUGGCAUGGUAAAGUCAGUUGUCACUAUGAAUGCUGACAAUCCCAGAUUACUUUUGUGAACAUCCAGAAAUAGAAAAAUAUUUUGCCACUAGUAUGCAAUGAAUGCUAACGCUUUGCAUGGGACUUCCAAGAUGCUAGUGUAUGCCACAUUUCAGAAUUCACUCUAAAGUGCCAACAUUAUAAAUCAGUUAAAAAAAAGUUAUUAUUGUGUAAAUUAUGUAAACACCUGAGCCUGAUGGGGAUUGGCAGGACAAGAACAGAGAGACAGUGUGGUGUAGUAAUUAGAGUGUUGGACUACUAGGACCUGGGAGACCAGGCUUCAGAUCCCCACUGAGCCAUGAUGAAGCUCACUGAGUAACCUUGGGCCAGUCAUUGCCUCUUAUAACCAGUUGCUGGAAACCAUAGGAGGAGAGAAUGCCCUUGUGCUUGGAUCCUGCUUGCGGGUUUCCUACAUGCGUCUGGUUGGCCACUGUGAGGAAAGGAUGCUGGACUAGAUGGACAACUGGCCUGAUCUAGCAGGCUUUUUGUAAACUCUAGAGAGCCCAUGUCUCAGUGCAAGGAGUCUGGCUUGAUGUAAUGCAGCUUUUGUUCUCCAAAUGUGAUGGAUGGGAGUUAAGCUAAGACCAAGGUAUUGUUUGUGGGGUCUAGGGGAAAGAUCUGUUGAUCAAUUUAUUUCUGGGAUUGUUCACCCACUAACAGAUCAGAUGUUUAGGACCUGCUGUUAGAUCCAGCCCUCAGUGGUGGAUGCUCAGGUACUUUGUAUGGCUUGCAGCCCCUUCUUGUUUAUUUCACCUGGUGUGUCAACUGAAGGGAAGGAACUUGUCCACAGUCAUCCACAUCUUGAUAACCUGCAGAUCACAUUACCGUAAUACACUACCUCUGAAGGGUAUCUGGAACCUUAGUUGGUUCAUAAUGCAACAGCAAGGCUGUUGCCUAGUGCUGGUAUGAGGCUCACAUCUCCUUUGAGAAUUGCGCAGUGGAUGCUCAAACCGUUUAUGGGUCAAUUCAAAAGUGUUGGUUUUACCCUAAAAAUCUUUAAAUUAAAGAGGCUCUGGGAAGUGGAGGCUUGGUGGACCACCUGCCCAAUUACUGGCUCACCAUCAGGUGUAGUGGAGGCCAAAAGGGGGGGGGAUUUAUGGACGUUCCUCUCUACAACUCCCUCUCCUUAUUUGGUUGCCAGGGCCUUUGCUGUUGGUUUUCAGCUUACUGGGAAAGAUUUUGCUCUUCUUAUUUGCUUUUAAUGGUUGUGGGUUUUAAUGCUGUUUCUGUAUUCCCUGUUUUAUUUGUGUUAGCUUGUGGUUCAGUACCUUUGCUGGAGAAUCUUUCAGUGAGUGGGGAGGGUUAUUAUAGACAGUCUAAUCAAACAGGUAAUUUAAUUAUUAUUUUAUUUGUCCCCCCCCCAAUCCCCCUGAGCCUCACUUCAUACUGGCCACAUUCACACCAUACAUUUAAAGCACUAUGAUGCCACUUUAAAUAGUUAUGCCCCCUCCCAAAGUUAUGGGAGCUGUAUUUCGUUGAGGAUGAUGAAAGUUGUUAGGAACCCCUAUUCUCCUCAAAGACCUAUGGUUCUCGGUGUGAUUUCACAAUCACUUCCUCUUCUCAGGGAACUCACGGAACUAUAUCUCUCAGAGGGGAAUAGGGUCCUCCUAACAACUCUCAACAUCUUAAAAAAAUACAGGUCUCUAUGACUUGUUAAAGUGGUAUCAUAGUGCAUGGUGUGAAUGUAGCCUGGGUAUUGCUGCUUGAACAGUGCUUAUUGUCACUUAGAUGGUAAAUAUUUUACUCAGUAUUUUAUGACCUGGAGGUAUAAAUUGUGUUUGCUCUGGGUGGGGACUAACCUAUUUCUUCAGGGUUGGGUUAAAGAAACACACAUGUUCCUGAGUGUUAAUCUACAAAUUGAUGCUGUGCAGAUUUGUGAUGUACUGUAGUUUGGUUUCUCUCUACUACCAUCCUGAGCUCUCCUGAAAAUGGAGAAAGUCAGGCCUGCUGAAUUUUCAGUGUGAUGGUCAGCUUUUAUUGAGCUGCUGUGCCAUUAACAAGAUGUGGUGGCUGCAAAGUUACAUUUCUCCUACUGGAUUCAAACUAUUGUCUUUGUGUAUCCUCUCAAUGCAAUAUUUGUGCUCUGAUCAAUGGAACCUACACUGGGAAAUCACUUAAAGGGCUCCAGUUUUCGCCUUCCCUUGGUGUCAUAUUAGCAGUAGGCAUAUGAGAAUAAUUACGCUAACCAGGCUGCUGCCACCUGUGAGGUUUUCUAAUCUCCUUACUCUCUGGGGUGGGGUUUACACCAAAGGCACUUAAGAGAUCUAGGAGAGAAGUUUGCUGCUCUCUGUAUAUCUGCUUUUCUCAGUUGUGCUGACUUGCUGGGUUUUCACUCAGCUUUGUGCAUUUGCAGACUAAGUUUAAAAUAAGUGCAUUGGGAAUUGCAUUCAUAAACAUCUCCCUUGGGCUGUUGACAUUUUAAUUUAUAUCCUCUGGAAGCUUCUUUUUUAAUUAUUUCUUUAUUUUUAUUAUGGCUUUUUUGUUUUAAACGUACCAUUUCCUGACCAAGCCCAGUCCUCUCUACCUCUGGCAUCCCUUUGCAAAUCACUAUAUUUGCAGUUAAAAUUCAGCUGUUGGUUUGAUGGUAAAAUCUGCUUUGACACUGUGGUAUUCCAAUAAAUAGAAACAGAGUGGACAGCUGGGUUUGAACAAUCUGGCUUUAAUUCCUGACUUUCUCAAGGGCAACGCAGUUGCAUAGCCUUGUCAAAGCCACCAGCCCAGUUCAUAGCCUGACCACUGCAGUACAUGUGUUGGUUACCUUGAGGCUGAAAUACUGCAAUGCAUUCUCUGUGGGGCUGCCCUUGGUCCUAGUUCAGAAGCUCCAACUGGUAGAGAAUGUGGUGGCCAGAUUGCUGAUGGGGGCAUCUGGUUGAGAACAUGGGACACCAUUGCUGAAGCAUCAGGCCUGCCUGCCCAUCUACUACAGAGCCAGGUUCAAGGUUCUUGUAUUAAUUGACAAAGCCCUGAACAUCCUAGGUCCAGGGUACCUCAGGGAGUGCCUAAACCCUUAUGUCAUUUGCAGGAUCAUUCUUGGUUGUUCCCUGAGUUGGCAAGGCUCAUUUGACAAAAACAAGUAAUGUUGGUGUCAUUGGCCCAGUCUUGUGGCACACUCUGCCCAUAGAGAUUCAGCAGGCGCCUUCAGUUUUAAUCUAUAAAUGUCUUCUGAAAAAAUGAGAAAGUGUGAAUUCAAUGAAGACAUAUAGAACAGGUAUGCAUAUCAGAGAGAGCCGAGAUUAGCUGCAGAUCCUUGAUGACUAAAUAGAAAAUCCACAUUUGCUCCUAUGUAAUGUGUGGACACUCAGUUAUCCAUCAGUAAAAUGCAAAUGAUAGUGCCUUUAAAAAAUCCAGGUGUCUGUGGUGUUUUGACUUUUUGUCUUAUCUCUGCACUGGAUUGGCCUAAAUGUUUGUUGCUCAGGGCGCUUCCCAACAAUUGUUGUUGUUUAGUCGUUUAGUUGUGUCCGACUCUUCGUGACCCCAUGGACCAGAGCACGCCAGGCACUCCUGUCUUCCACUGCCUCCCGCAGUUUGGUCAAACUCAUGCUGGCAGCUUCAAGAACACUGUCCGACCAUCUCAUCUUCUGUAGUCCCCUUCUUCUUGUGCUCUCAAUCUUUCCCAACAUCAGGUCUUUUCCAGGGAGUCUUCUCUUCUCAUGAGGUGGCCAAAGUAUUGGAGUCUCAGCUUCAGGAUGUGUCCUUCCAGUGAGCACUCAGGGCUGAUUUCCUUCAGAAUGGAUAGGUUUGAUCUUCUUGCAGUCCAUGAGACUCUCAAGAGUCUCCUCCAACAAUACGUACAGUAAUGCAAUUUAACAUUUGCUAACAAUAGAAGUUUAGAUUCAGCUUAACACAGGACGCAGAAUGAAAACAUCUUAAAGCUGACACAGAUUAAAUGCCUAGGGCGGGGACAAUAUAUUUAUUCUGAUAAAGACCCAGUGUGGUGUAGUGGUUAGUAUGUUGGACUAUCACCUGGGAGACCAGUGUUGAAAUCCCCACUUGCCCAUGAAGCUCGCUGGGUGACCUUGGCCAGUCACUGCCUCUCAGCCUAACCUACCUCAUAGGGUUGCUGUGAGAAUUAAAUUAGGAGGAGGAGAACCAUGUAAGCCACUGGUGAGUUGAUCAAAUUCUUUUUUUGACUGUUCAAAAACAGAGAUUGGGUGAGUGCAGAAAUAGUGUUACUUGGCAUCCUUCAGUGGGACAAAAAAUUGUUGGCUUGGAUUUCUUUUUUGUAAUGCAGGGUCUGACCAAAUUGGUUGCUCCGAAGAUGUAUGUGGGGAAACUGCCUUCAUAAAGGUUCAGGUGUGGAAUAAGUAGCCAAAACAAAAACAAACAAACAGGUUGCCUCUUCUAAUCCUGCAAGCUGUUGUAAUUUGUUCUGGAGUCUGCAGAAAAGGUCACCCUGGACCAAGUGCCUAUUGUAGUGUUGUCUGGCAGAAGGUGAGCAGGCUCUGCCCUCUACAGGACAUUUUUGGGAAAUGUUCAAGAGCUGGAGGCAGGCUGCUGUUUUUUUAAAGGAAGCUGCCUUAUGCAGCAUGACCAUGUCUUGCGUGGGGGUUAUGUUUUGGCAAUGGUACGUAUAUACAAGAAAUGCCCCUGCACAGCCAUCCUUACCUUCCAAGCAAGACUGACUUGCUUACCAGGCUCUGGGAUGCUCUCACAAGAUCUCAUGGGACUGUUCAAGUUCCUGCAAGAUUUUGCGAGCUCUGUAAGCGAGUCUGAGAGCUUAUUCCGCACCAGGAAAGCCCUGCUCUAAAGGAGGUUUUAAGUUCUCUACCUUGUGUGCAGUUAAAUUGUGGAAUUUCAGCUGCUCAAGUCUGUAAUUUUGCAAGUUAAUUGCACGCAAGAAGUAAUCGUCAAACCUUUGGCCUGCUUAGUUCAGUGUUACCUACAUUGACUGGCAGUGGCUCUUUAGGGUUUCGUGUAAAGCAGAUGCUCUGCCACUAAACUGCUACAACCGCUUCCCAUUUAUUUGUUUGCCACAGGGUGCUUGAAUUGGUUUUCUGAGCCACUUUUCCAUAAAAUGUUUCUACUUCUAGGCAAGUGAGGAUUAGUUAAUUGUCGAGCUAUGCUGCCUUCUUGUUUGUUUCACAUUUUUAUUUUGGAUAUGGUCUUUUCAAACAGAAAAAGUACUGGUUGUGGUGGAACUCAUUCAAGUGAAUGAGCUCUCAGUCUUCCUCUGCUUUUGCAUCUUUACUGUCUUUCUGAAUGCUAGGAGCAGAUUUCUAUAUGGUUGGGUGUCAGGGUUCUGGAAAGCACAAUGCUUGUAUUAUAUGGACAGCUGUUUAUGUAGUUUCAUGGAUUCUUCUCUUCCACUUCUCCUCGCUUUCCCUCCCAUUUCCCAGUGGUGGCUUGAAACUCUUUAAAAUAGCAUUUUAAAAGCAAGAUUUCUUCCUCAUCUCAGAUUCUGGAUCCUUUCAGGUUUGGGAUGGGUGGAUUGGCAAAACCCUUCCUUCUCUGGAACCUCCCGGACAGAGUGGCUUUGGGGAAGGCUCUCUUAUUGGGAUGGGGGGAAAUGGGAAGUUUUCUACAUUGCAGGCCAAGGUGGCUCCUGGCAGCCUGAUCCUGCACACAUCAAUGUGGAAAUUAAGCUGUCCAUUUAGUUCAGUGCCACUUGCUCCUUUAUCAGUGUGCCUAGGAUUGUGGCCUGAGAGAGAAUGUUUACAGUGCUUCUUUUGUGGCUUUCCCUCCCUGGACUUUCAUUUAAGAGUUUCAUGAGCUUGCUUAACUUGAAUAUCUCCUUCUCAGACACCUCCCUCCUGCAUUUCAUGACCUAAUGCUGAUGGUGAACCCAACAAUGAGGUGAAACUAAGUGAUGACUCAUGCAUGUGGGUAUUUGAAGCCACAUAAUGAACCCAAUAACAACUAAUUAAUGGUACCAAGCGUCCUUCAUUAGAUAGAUACUUCAUUCCUCUGAUUUUGUUUGUUCAUGGCUCAGCAGUUCUCCCUAUUUCUACAUUUUUCACUCCACCUCCCCUACUGUAACUUAUCACUGGCCAGCCUACACGUUCCCUUAAUUCCACCUUCUUUCAUAUUUUUUGACCCCUUUCUCCGUUGUCCCACAUUCCGUAAAGUUCCUUAUAGGAAUAGGCACUGUGCUCAUUACCUGCUAUCUAGCAGCAUUCCGCUUUUCUCUUCAGCCUACGUUUUAGUAUGUCUUCUUUGGCUCACAGAAGGAGUUGAACUUUACGUCACCAUUUUAGAAUGCAAGAGCCCUGUAGCGGAAUCAGGUGAAAGACCCAUCUAGCCCAGCAUCCUGUUCUCACAGAGUCCAAACAGAUGCCCCAUUGAGAAGCCAUUGAGAUUCCCAGCGGCUAGUGUUCAGAAGGCAUAUUGCUUCUGACAGUGGAGAGAGAACAUAGCAGUGUUAGAAACUCAGAUAUAUAAUCUAAUCACCAAAUGGCACAUUAAACCUAGGUUACAGUCACCACAAUGGAAUGUCUAGGCACCAUUCCCCCCAGUUGUUGUUGUUUAGUCAUUUAGUCGUGUCCGACUCUUCGUGACCCCCAUGGACCAGAGCACGCCAGGCACUCCUGUCUUCCACUGCCUCCCGCAGUUUGGUCAAACUCAUGCUGGUAGCUUCGAGAACACUGUCCGACCAUCUCAUCUUCUGUAGUCCCCUUUUUCUUGUGCUCUCAAUCUUUCCCAACAUCGGGGUCUUUUUCAUGGAGUCCGAUCUUCUCAUGAGGCGGCCAAAGUAUUGGAGCCUCAGCUUCACGAUCUGUCCUUCCAGUGAGCACUCAGGGCUGAUUUCCUUCAGAAUGGAUAGGUUUGAUCUUCUUGCAUUCCAUGGGACUCUCAAGAGUCUCCUCCAGCACCAUAAUUCAAAAGCAUCAAUUCUUCGGCGAUCAGCCUUCUUUAUGGCCCAGCUCUCACUUCCAUACAUCACUACUGGGAAAAUAAUGAUAAUAAUAGAAUAAUAAUAAUGAUGAUGAUGAUUUCUAUACUGCUUUAUAGCACAUUAAAACAUCAAAUAAAACAAUCCAGAAUAAAACUAAUUCAAGCUUCCAGGAAAAUAUUUCAGAUGUUUCUGUAAGUGACAUUUUGCUUUUCCCAGUCACCAACCUGGCAUCCAGAGAUCUCCAUGUUCUCACAAUUGACCCAUGUUAGUCGGAAAAAAAACACACAUGGCUGAUUUCUGACACUGGAACUUAGCCAUAGUGGCUAGUAGCUAUUGAUAGCCUUAUCCUCCAUGAAGUGAAUUCCAUUGUGUUCUGUGUGAAGAUGCACUUUCUUUUGUCUAUCGUGAAUCUUCCAACAGUCAGCUUCGUUGGAUGGCCCUGAGUUCUAGUAUUGUGAAGGAGGGAGACAAACGUUUCUCUAUUCCCUUUCCCCACAAGUUGUGUAAUUUUAUGCACCUCCACCAUGUUCUCCUCUUUCUUGGCUUUUAUCCAAACUGGAAAACUCCAAGUGCUGUGAGCUUUGAUCCAUCCUUGUGAUCAUUCUGGUUGCCCUUUUUCAAACCUUUCCCAGCUCUGCAGCAUCCUUUUUGAGGCGAGGAGAUUCUGCCUCCCAUUUUUGUCAUUGUAUUUGUAAGUUACUUGAAAACCUGCUUUAGCAACUGAAGCAAUAGGCUAAGUCAUCUGAUAAUAGUAUUUUAAUUGGUAGUUGGCUUCCAAUUAAAGGGAGGUACAUGACACUUCCACUUGCUAAACAGUUUGCUGUUGAAGAUUUAUUUCUCCAGAGCUUCUGGUUAGAUGUUAAAGCAGUUCCCUGAACCAGGGAGACCAGCCAUAUGAAUUGUCAACCAUCUCCUGUUUCCUAGGGGGAGGUCAAGCCUCUUUGAUGGUUGUUUUUAGAGUCUGUUGUUGUCUGGAUUCAGAGGAAUUCUUUUUGUGUGUGUAUGUUCUUCUGUCAAUAGCGCAAGAUCAGUUUGUUCUUUAAAUUCAUGGCUUGUGGCACUGACGAUGUUUGUGUAGGAAAUUUCCAAAUUUCCAGACAGCUAUAUAAAGAGCAAUAUAGUUAUGUGUUCGAAGGGAGCAGAGACAUCACCUGGGCACCACUUUCUGUACCUGAGCGGUCACAAGUUUUAGAGCAGCCAUGCUGAAGAUGUGGCGGGAGGUGGGAGCAAAGCUCUUCCAGCUGAAUGCGAAUCUCGGGAGGUAAGUGAUCAGAUGUGAGUAUCCUGCAAUUUAAGCUGCCCUGGUAUGGGAGUAAGGCUGGGUGCUGUCUUGGGUAGUGGGUUGGCCUUGGGCUAGCCAGUUAGAACUUGCAUCUUAGAUGCACAUUCAUCAGGUGGCCUUUAGGGAAAUAUUCACAAUUUUUUGGAAUUGGGUAUCUAGCCUGGGAGACCAAGGAAGUGAAUAGCACUGCCUGCCCACAGCUUUGUGGGUUGGUGGGUUAUAGAUCUUGUAGUGUUAGAUUUACAUAUGUAAAAUGGAAGAGCCCAUCCCACCACGGGGGAGUCCCAUAUGCAAGUCAUAGGUAGAGAUUCCCCUUCCCUCAAAGUCUGAGACUGGGGGAGUACACUAGCCUCAAGCUGCCACAAAGAAAAGGGAACUGUAGUUUUUUAAAAGGGUUUUGGGAACCACGGCUCUGUGAUGGGUAAACUAUAGUUCCCAGGAUUAUUUGUGGGAAGGAUGUCCAAAAAAAUAUUCUGUCACUUGAUUGUUCAAAUGUUUUUGAAUAAUAACACAGCUAUAUUUGAAUCAUUACAAUUAUUAGAACAGGAAAGAUAAAAUUUAAUCAGUACUUAAGCUAAGUCGACUUCAUUGUUUUACAACUUUUGAGAAAGUAGACCUAUUGAAAUUAAUGGACAUGACUAACUUAGAUCUAUUGAUUUCUGUGGACCUACUCCAUGUAAAGCUGAGUUGGAUACAGUUUGACAGGAUACAUUUUUUAAUUAAAAAAUAUUGAACAAUGUUACACACAGAGAGAGAAACAAUCAAUAAUAACAAAAUAAUGUAAGUUCAGUGCAAGGAGCUCUUGAUAAUAUAGUCAAAAGAAAAAAAAUCAGGAGUGAAUGAAAUGGACACAAAUAUAAUUAUAAAUGGGGUAUAAAACACAACUUAUACUGUGCAAUGAUGAGAAAAAAUGUCUUGCCUGUUUAUAGAUAUGGUCAAAUAAAAUUGUAUUCUGAAGGGAUUUGCCUGUGUGACUGCAUUGUCAUAUAUAAAUUUAAUAAAAUAAACAAAUAUUGAUUAAAAAUAACCCACAAGCAGAGGUGAAAUCAGAAGAACCAGUGUCUUUCCUAUACAGUUUACUGUUUACAUAUAGGAUCUGCAUUACCUUUAUCAAAAAUAGGAAAAAUACAUACAUGUGAGCCAAACAUUCUAGGGUAAAAUACUACUGAUGGAAGACUUUCCUCCCUCCACCCCCAAUGCUGGCAGAGACAGUCAUGGGUAGACCAGAUCUUCAUCCAUUGAGAUACCUCAAAUUGUUCCUUAAGAUCUGGCUCCCAUACCAACUUUACGUAGGGUGAAAAUUGUAAUAGUAAAAGUAGAGUGUGAUGCCAUUCCCCUCUGGAUGGCCUGCAUAAGGAGGAGCUCAAAAGGUGUGAUGUUUUAUGAAUUGUCCAGUCUGUUGAGCCCUUAACCUGUUCAAGCCAGUUUCCCAAUUGCAAGAGGCAUUUUUAUGGCAUGGGUACCUUUGCCCUAGAGAGCAAGUUCUCCAGUCAGAAGGGAAGAACUGCACCACUUCUUGAUGGCCCUCUUUCAGGCCUCCUCCCUUGCUCCCACUCCUUUUUCAAUUGAUGGCUGAUGGCGUGCCAGUUUGGAUCAUGAAGGGAGGAAAACUCUCUGUCCUUCAUUUCUCAGUCUUCCCGGUGGGAGAGCAAUCAGCCCCCCACAAACAUCUCCUCCUUUUCUUCUUUCUGCUGUACCUGUUCCUAAUCAUAGAAUCUCAGAAUUGUAGAGCUGGUGCAGCAGUGGUUUUUAUUUUUAAGAAUAUUUUUAGCCUCCCCUUCCUCGCCAAGCAACCUGAAGAAUGUAGAUCCUUAAGAAUUUAAGGUGAGGGGAGUUCAAGCUUUUACUUACUUGUGGGUGGGAAUUUCUCUUUGUCCUCUUGCUAAAAAGUAUGUGAACAAUUUGUCCCUGCAGAGGACCAAAGUAGAACUUCUACUAGCUUGAUGAAGGCAAAAGUCUGCUUAUCUUCCUGCAGCAUUUUUUCCAUGGGUUCAUCUCUCAGCGCUGUUGCAGUGUUUUAGAAAAACCACCUCUACAGCAGCCUUUCCCAAGCUGGUGCCCUCCAGAUGUUUUAGGCUACAAACACUUUUCUGGGUGGGGCUGAUGGGAGUUGUACUCCAAAACAUCUGGAGGGGGAUACCAAGUUGAGUUAAGGCUGCUGUAUGUGAAUACUGUCAGUCAUGUAGCUGGGUUUCUUCCUUUCCCCUUUGUAUGAGACUGCAGGGUGUCUAGGGUGACUCAUUCUGCAACUAUGUUGGGGACCAAGGCAGGAAAUCCUCUGAGGGGGGAGGCGGGUGUGUGUGUGUGCCAAGCCUAGUGCAGAUACUGCCAUGAAAAUACCAGUUCAGAGUGCUUUCUAACAGAGAUGAGGACUCUCUCUGUCUCCUCCUCGGGAUGCAAGAUCGACUUAUCUGGUAUGACAACCUUCAUACUUUUUUUGUAGGUGCUGUGUGGUUGAAAUCUGUGGAUUGACCCUCCUUUGUGAUCAGUUGCUUCUCUAGGUCCCAGUCAGGCACAGUGCCAGACAGUAGAUAUAGGAGAAAGCAGAGCAGUUAGUUGGCUUGCAAGAGUGGCUGGGACUUCAAAAGGAGGAAUAUGAAUCACCGAUUAUGCCAUGAUUGAAAAGGAUUUGACUUAAAUCCUGUAUAUACAAGAAGACAGGUAGUUGGGAAGGGUGAAUUGGGGGCUCUAAUUACAUUUACACUGCAAUUACAGCAGGUGGAAUGGGGAGGGAGAAUGACUUUGGGAGCAAAGACUUUUGCAAGGGUUUUCCUCUCCCAUGGUUGGGGCUAAGGGAGGAGGAAGAGCUACAGAAUAGAAGGUGACUGGCCAGACAACAGAGGUGGGAAAAUUUCAUAUUCCUAGGAGUUGUUGACACCUUUUCAAGCUCCUUGGCAACCUGUUGCCUGGAUUUUUUCCUGGUUCAGAGACUUCUUCCUGGGAAGAAAAUGGUGUGCUUCAUCCUGGCUCAUUCUGAACAUCACUUUAGUGAUCUUCCAGACCGUGUGGCUGAUUUGCUUGUACAUUUCCAGUUUGGCCUGACCGUUCUUUACCAUGAUGUCUGAAUCAGAUGACUUAUGUUUAGCAUGAGCAAUUAAUUUGCUUCCAAACUAUGGCUUGGUAACUGACUUCACAUCAUGGUUUUGUGGCAAAAAUGGUUUACAUUUCAAUCAUGAGAUAUAAUUUUACAGUUUGCAGCAGCCCCCAACCUUGGCCAUUGAGAAUAUUAGACUGCUAUCCUUGAAAGCAGACAGUUGUUGUUAAAAGUGUCCUGCCCCAAAAUGCCUUGCUCCAGAAUUCAGCCCAACAUCAGACAUGAGAGAGGUUCUGACUCGACGAGAGACCCAAGGGCCAUCAUGAUAGACUGGCCUGUAAGAGAUGGAUUCUGCCCUACAGUUCCCUAUAGCCGCUGCUGUGUCUUUUGUUCCUGGCUCAGAACCUGUCCUUAUCUCAUGUUUCAAGAUGCAGCUUCAACCAUUCAGUUUUCUAUUACUUCUUCCUGUUACUCUUUGAGAAUUUCAGUAAUUCAAGGACUACCAGAGCACCUCUGGGGAAACAUACCUAUGCCUUCUCUCUUUCCAUGGCUCAACCGGUGACCCAAAUUGGGGAGCAGCAGCUGCUUGGUCCAGUUCUUCCCUGACCUAAUCCUUCCCCCCUCCUAAAUCUGGCAGGAAGUUAAUCCACAAUUAGAUAUUAUAGGAUUAUAGGGUGUCACUCUUGAGGGUGGUCCAGGUUAGAAAUGAGAGGAAGAUUUGUUCAAAACUGGAGUAGUAAGUACUGGCAAUGUCUCAUGCAGCUUUCUGAUCCCUGUAGCAGGUGCCUUCUGCUGGUCUUUGCACCUGUGAACCUGUCUACGCACUUGGGUUACCUGUGGAGGUUGGCUCUGUUUUGUCCUCCAUUGGAAUAACAGCCUAUUCCUACCUCUUUUUCUUAAUGGUGACACAGAUCAUUAAUAACAUUAUAUUCUUCACAACUGUGAGCAGGGCAAUGGGAUGGGGUAAGUGAAGACAAGCUGCAACAAUUAAUUUUAAUGUUCUUCACUGCUUCUGCUCAGGCUGCACAGACAAAACAUUUUGGUUCCUGAAAUUCAUUCUGAUUGUGCAGAUAAAAUAUAACUGAUAGUAUUGUACAGGAUGUGGUAUUAGUGUGUGAAAACAGUGAAGAUCCAAUGAUACCCAGGCAUGCACACCAGAUGAUGGAGAUGUCAGGCGCCAUUCUGGUGCCCAAGCUUCUUCACUUGGUCGCAAGUGACUGAUAGCCAGGUGCAAAAUGCACCUGGCCCCUGGCUAAUUUUGAACACUGCAGUCCAACAUCAUCUGUAAGGGGCCAUGUUGUUGACACAUGUUCUGUCUCUUCAGCCUGAGCUAGAGCUGACUGCCUCUUUAUCUGCCUCUUUAUCCUCUUUUCUCUCUGUAGGAUUAUGCGCCCUGAUGAUGCCAACAUUGCUGGGAACGUCCAUGGAGGGACCAUAUUAAAAAUGAUUGAGGAGGCAGGUGCCAUCAUCAGCACUCGGCACUGCAACUCUCAGUCUGGGGUAAGUACUCUGCACAUGUUCAAACAGUGAAGCUGUUUGCAGCCAUGAUAUACGGAGGAGCCUCUUCCCAGUGAUGCCCAGUGUUAGUAGCAGGCAAUUGUGGGAUGGGGCAAAGCUGCAGGAGCAAAGCCUUGUUGCCUCCCUGCGCCUCCGUUGUAGAUUCAAGUGCCUGCUCUGCGUGUUAAGGUUUAUAAUGUUCUUGUCUUCUUUUGUUUUAUUUUUCAAACUGUUGUAUAACAGUUUCCAGCUUAAUAACAAGGGAGUAGUAAAAAAGAUAAGUAAAUUUAAAGAUACAUGACAUGGGAAUACAAAUUCCAACUUCAGUAAAAAAGAAAUGGAAUAGAAAAGAUCACAAGAGACAUUUGUCCACUACCUAACCCAGUGGUUUUCAACAGAUGUGCCAUGGCGCCCUGCGGCACCUUGAAUGAUGAUCGUGAGUACCGCGAGUGGGGGAAGUGCUGUGCAACCAUUGCCAUGCAUCAGGUGAUAGAAAGCAGGCAUAAGAAAAACUCUGGACCCUGUGCUCCUACGCAGGAUUAGGUCCCAUGUCACCUGUACACAUUUAUUUCUGAGCUAAGCAAGCCUGGGGCAGGGCUGCCAAACAUUUUGGCCUUGUUCAAACAGGAGGGAAGCAGGAACGAGGCAGCAGGCUUGGAACGUCCCAGAGGAAAUGUGGGCUUCACCUUUCACUGUAGAUGCUCUCCCCUCCAGCUUUUGGAUCCAUGCUGGCUGUGCAUGCGUGCUGGUGCUGCUUACUCACCUGCUGCCAGAGUCCAGUGACGGUGCGGGGGGGGGGCAGGGUCAACAAAAGCAGUGUCCACGCCCAUUAUGCCCCUCCUUCUUCUUCACCUUUAGUGGGGGAGGGGUGUGGUUGUGAGAUAAAGCUGAGGGGGAAAGACAUCUGCCUCCCCCGCCCACCAACUUACCAAACCUGAGCCCUAAUCCAUAAUAAAAAGGUCUGGUAUUUAUUUAUGCAAGGGCAGAAACCACAAAUCCAGGUUCUGAAAUGGACACUGACCUUCUGCCACCAUGACUGGAGAAAAGCCCGAGGGUGGUGGGUGCCUCUCCUCUCUUUCCAAAUCUGUCCUUUAAAACUUCUUGGAUGACCAGAAUUCAUGGAUAGUCACCCUAUUUUAUCAAUUUCUUCCUUUUUAAAAAACAAACCCCAAAUGUAAUCUAUGACUGGCCAGUAGGUGGCAGUGAUAGAUAAUUAGAGGGGAAUAAAAAGUGGGGGACUCCACCAAAGUUGGAGAUGGGAUGCCAGUCUACCAAAGAGCUUAUUGCAUAAGUACACAGUUGAAAGCAUUCUGUGAUGCUAAUGGACCCAGACCUCUGACUCCCUCGCCUCUUGCAAGGUGGGUAGAAUUGGGUAGCGGGUCUGUAGAGCAGCCUCAUGUUUUUUCCACCCAUCUUCCGUUUCGGGCUCUUUUCCUCCUUUGCUCCCAGUGGUGUGUGCUGAUUUCCUUUUACCCCACCUGCUUGUGAUGUUUGGCUCACUCACUAACAGUGGCUUCGCCUGCCCCUCUCAGGAGCGAUGUGUGGCUGCCCUGGCCCGCGUGGAGCGCACAGACUUCCUUUCCCCCAUGUGCAUUGGAGAAGUGGCUCACGUGAGUGCUGAGAUCACCUACACAUCCAAGCACUCUGUAGAAGUCCAGGUGCAUGUGGAGUCGGAAAACAUUCUCACAGGUAAGCAGAACCCCAGCACCUUUUGUGGUCACCUGCUGAACAAGGGUUAAACCACAUGAUGGCGCUUAACUUCUUCGCUUUCUUAAAUCUUUCAUUUCCCAAGAUUUCUCUUGGGGGGGAAGGACAAUUGCUGUGUCUAUCAUUCUUUUUAAUGAAAGAAAUUUCUCUCAAAGUGCCUGUUUAACCAUGCACAGCCGGCAGUUAUACUUCACCCUCAAAACUGGAUUUGAACAUAAAGAAUUAAUUUCUUACCUGUUAGCCGCAGCAGAAAUUUUCGAUGUGAAAAAAGUGAAGAAAACGUCCUAUCCCAUCCAUUAAAAAGUAGCAUGAUAAAGUACGGGGAUUCGUUGCAGUGGCUAAAUUAACUAAUUACCCGAGAAGUAAGGAAGGGAAAUGACGCCCAUGUUAUUUUAGGAAUUGAUGGGUGCAUUUUGUUUUGCAGUAGGAGGAGGUUUGUCUCGAAGGAUUCACAAUAUUUUGAUUUAUCCAGGGCUGAAGCUUUUUAUUAUGAUUUGUGAAGCAAUUAUGAUGAUUGAAUAACAACACAGAAUAAAGCAAUCCACCAGGAUACAAGAGACAGAAUGCACUGACUUUGAUACAUUAAGUUGUAUACGAGAUGAAGAACUUUCAUUUGUUUGAUAGACUAGUGUUUCCCAACCUUUCCCCUUCCUGUGGCACCCCCAUGGGCUUAGCCAAGGGAGGGCAGGGGGGCAGCUACCCCCCAUAAGUACAAAUCAAUACAAAUCUGAGGUUUCCCUCCCCUAUCAAAAGCCUGCCCCCUAACAAAAAUCCUGGCUAUGCCCAUGCCCCGCUCCCUACUGGUAGAAAGGUAGCUAUUUUAAUGUUUUGUUUGUAAUUAGAACAUGUUUUAUUUAUAAUUUUUAUAAUUUAUACAAAAUACAAUUACAUAAAAUGAUAGGAAUGAAAUAUUGUUGAAGCAGAAAAACAUAGAGCUGGAAAAAUCAUGGAGUUGGAAGGGACCCUAGGGGUCAUCUUUCUAGUUAAAGGUAAAGGACACCUGGACAGUUAAGUCCAGUCAAAAGCAACUAUGGGGUUGCGGUGCUCAUCUCAGCUUUCCAGGUGAUGUGGCCAGUUGACUAAACCACUUCUGGCGCAAUGGAACACUGUGAUGGAAACCAGAAUGCACGGAAACACCGUUUACCUUCCUGCUGCAGUGGUACCUAUUUAUCUACUUGCAUUGGCGUGCUUUCGAACUGCUAGGUUGGCAGGAGCUGGGACAGAGCGACGGGAGCUCACCAUCUUUCUAGUGCAACCCUCUGCAAUGUAGGAAACUUAGCUAAAGCAUCUAUGAUAGAUGGUCAUCCAACCUCUGCUUAGAAACCUUCAAGGAAGGAGAGUCCAGAACCUCCCGAGGAAGAUCCAUCUUCCAUGUAUUAUAAAAAUUAAACAACACUUAUUUGACCCCAGUUAUUUGACACAGACGGGGAAAACAUACAGAUACAGUCUAAAAGGUGCACAGGGAGUUCUGUAUAUAUGGGAGAAUUUUAAAAACAAGUGGUCCUCCCUGACCUGCUGCAAAAAGAUCUUUUCAUCCGUAGGAACCCUGGCUGCCUAGAUAAAACAUUAUAGCUCCCCAUACUUUACCUGGGAGUAAAGCCUACUGAGCUCAGUGUGGCUUUCUUCGGAGUUGACACUUAUUUACUAGAUGCAAGUCAGCAGCACCAGACAACCCCACUUGGCUAGGCGCUGGGGUGGAUUUCACGUCGCCUUGCAGAGCCGAGGCCCUGGUAGGCCACCCGCUUACCCACUUGUGAUUGGCCAAGCGGAUAGCCAGUCAAUCAGGAUUUUUUAAAAAACAAAAGCUUUCCUCCUUUCACUUCUCACUUCCCUCUGUGGUCCCCUAGCCUUGUGUUGUGGUCCUUCAAUUAUACUAUUUUCUCCUGUGGCCCCCUUGGAAUAUCCUGGGGCCCCUGGUUGGGAAACACUGGUGUAGACUAUAUUACAAUAUACUGUGGUUGUAUCCUACUAAUUUGUAUUUGGAGUAGACCCUUUUGUCAUCUUGCCAAAAUUUCUAGGCCCCAAUAAUAUCUCAAAGCCGAUCUCAUGCAAAGUGAAUAAAAAUGUUGGGCUAGGACCUGGGAGACCAGGGUUCAAAUCCCCUCACUCAGCCAUGAAACUUGGUAGGUGCUCUUGGGCAAAUCACUGCCUCUCAGCCUAAACUGCCUCCAGGGUUGUUGAGGCGAUUAAAUGAGGAGGGAGGAACCAUGUGUACUACCUUGAGCUCUUUGGAGAAAAAAAGAAGUGAUAUAAUGCUCACCCGGCCUCUUGCUUGACGCCUCACUCCUUGGCUCACAAAUCCAACUUCUUUGGAAGUGGCUGCUUCCCAGCUGCUGCAUUCCAAAACUUUCCUUCCCUCCAGGCCUGGCCGAAGCGACAUUACCAGCGGAUGUGCAGUUGAACGCAUACUUCAUUGCUCACGAGAUGGAAACUGUCUACAGCAAAUCUGCAAAUUUCUGGCUUUCUUAGCCUUUUGGUCUAUUUAUUUAUUUGAUUUCUCGCCCACCCUUCACUAUAAGUGCAAUAAAACAAGACAACUUUUUAAAAUGUGAAAAAAAGUUCCUAAAUGUUAAGGGAGGUUUUAAACUAAAUGCAUAUUUUAAACCCUUCUCAGGGUUUAUUCCUGCUUUAUUGUACCAAGGAUUCCCCCGCCCCCCGUGAUUCACACAUAGGUGUUUUAUGUUUAUAUCAUCAUGGCAUGACCUUUGGCUACUUACAGUAAGACUCGACUCGAUAUUGCGGCACAAAUGUUUGAAGAAACGUGUGCCAGGAUUCAAGAGUCGGGGGCCGACUUAGGAGACAGGAAUGCCCAAAAUGGCCCUCAGCAUUUCAGCUCCUUCCCCAGAUACCCAGUCUGGCAAGAGAGUCCCCAUGUGUGGCAUUACAAAUGAUAGCUCUCUUGGCAACCCUCUUCCCAUCUCCUCUCAUCCCCUCCUCCCAAUAUUUGGCCCUGCCUCAAGCUUCUCUUGGAAUAUCUUCCUGCCAAGAGAAUAUGGUUUUGACCAACUGGGAUGUUGAGACUUUGUCGGUGCAAAUGCUGGGUUUUGUAAAAACAAAGCAGGUGCAGAGAAACCAGAUGUCUAUCCCCAUGCUCUUGGCCGACGUGUGGGAAGAUGAAAAUGUGUUUCCAUGGUUACCGUGCCUUGAAAGAGAAUAUGCAGAUCAAACCGGGAGCCAAAAGUUCAUCCCACUCGGUGAUAGACACCACUGAUUAACUGUGGGCAACUGCGAGGAGUGGCACCAAGCGAGUCCCUGCCUGUGACUUCCUUUUUAUAACCUCCCCAAAUCCUUGAGGCUGCUUCUAAAUAUUAAUCUGCAUAUAUCGCUGGAUGGAGGAGAACUAGGGAGAACCUUCUCUUCCCACAGAUGAUCACAGUUCAGAGGCCCUGCAUGACUGUGGCCAAUUGGGCAGCUUUGAUGGGAGAGGCCUUUAAUAAAAUUGGACUCGUGGAAUGAAACCCUUGGGCUGCCUUUCAUCUCCUCGAAAUUGCAAUUAAGAUUUAAACCAACCCUUUCACCGGUUCCACUGCACAAGGAGAUUUUUUUGCAGUGAGGUUUGUGGAAAAAACCUCUAUCCAGAGGAACAAGGGAGCCGUCAGGCCUGGGAGUGUGCUGACUUUGAUACUGCCCAGAGCAGGGACAGAGUUGGGAGGCUGCUUGCACCAACAUCUUCCCCAGGAUCAGCUUAGUUUAGCUUAAGAAACAGCAGCUCCCAGCAUUCUUGGGGAAAGCCAUGACUGUUUCAAGUGGCAUCAAAGUGCUUUGAAUGUACGGUGCGAAUGGGGCUGCAAUGUUUGCAGGAGAUGCCUUAUUGCGGUGCAUUGCACCUUGAAAAUGGAUAGGUGGGUCCAAGUGGCACUUGAAUUCCAAAUGUGUGCUUAUGUGACCCUGUGUCAGGCUGCUAAAACCUCUGGUCAGUGUUCUUGUUUUAUAUUGGAAAGAUUGUCAAACUGGGACUCAGCCAAGGGGUGGAAAAUGAGCAGCUCUCCAGAUAUUGGUGGACAUCAGCCAGCAUGAUCAGUGCUCAGGGAUUAUGGAGUUCUGCAAAAGCUGGAGGGUGGUAUGUUCCCUGCCCCUAUAUUUUGAAGGGUUAGGGAGGUUGUGCCAAGGAUUCUUUUGCUUGUCCUUUGUUUCCCCAUUUCAAGUUGCCAUUUAGCGACAGCCGGCAGUGUCUUAAGUGCCCCGGUCCCCCUCUGGGCUUGCCGGCUCCCAGCAGGCACGGCCCAUCCAGCUCAACCAAGCUAAGCUGCCAGUGCUGCUCAUUUGACUUAUCCCCAAUGUCUGGAUGCUAAUUUCUGUUAGAUGCAAUUAGGAGAGAACAGCUCUGGUACAGGCGGACUGCAGCCACAGAAGCUUCUGAAAGCAGCAGCCUUGGGAAUUGGUGCUCUUUUGAUCAGAGUUUUACCAGGGAAAUGUGCAGAUAGCCAUUCUGUGUUAUUUGGGGAGGAGUGUGGGAGCCUUGGGGGGGCAUAGGGUUGCUGCUGUGGAAUCCAGCCUGUCAGGUUGUUUUGUUGUUGUUGGGUUUAAGCAGUAAAUCUUAUUCCCAAGAGAAGGUUGUCACAUCACAGUGAAAAGCUGUGCAGAGAGACGAAGUAUUGCAAAUUAGCCCUACUUUCUGCACAAAUUCUGUUUUCCUUUUGUAACAGGGAGGGGGAGAUGCUGCAGUGAAACGCCUCCUCCAGAGUACUGGGAGCAUUGUCCCUCUGAUCUUCGGAUGAAAAGAGGCGUGAUGUUUUUUUCAAGCAGUCGAGCCAGUUUUGAAAGCAAUGUACUUGUUUGUACCAGAUCAAAAUCUGAGCAGACUUUCCCCCCUGCAAAUUUAGGCCCAUAGUCAGAAAUCAGGGAGUGAGUGAGUGAGUGUGUGUGUGUGUGUGUGUGUGGCAGGAACAGAACAGCCAUAACAUAUAGCUCCAUAGGGUCAAACUUAGGUAAUGGUCACUUUUUUUGGAAGCGUACUGCCGGCACACUUUUCCUUGUUGCUGCAAAUGUAAAAGGGACUUAUUCAAAAAUGAAAGCUGAACAUUCAGGGAGGAGCCUGGAAUAUCAGUUCCCCUCCUUUUGGAACAUAAGACUACCCUGCUGGAUUAGGCCAGUGGCCCAACUGGCCCAGCAUCCUCUUCUCACAGUGGCCAACCAGAUGCCCCAACCAGAAACCCUCAAGCAGGACCUGAGCACAACAGCACUCUCCCUCCUGCAGUUUUCAGUAACUGGAAUUCUGGAAGAAGGACUGCCUCUGUUAGUGGAGGCAGAGCAUAGCCAUAAUGGCUAGUGGCCUCCUCCUCCUCCAUUAGUUUGACCAAUACGCUUCUAAAACCACCCAUCCCUGAGAAGAACUUACAUGGGAUGGGGGUAGGCCAAGGUUUUGAAAAUGGUAUAGGUGCAAUAUACUCUGAACAAAAGGCUAAAUUAAUUGUAAAUAAUGUGGUCACGGAAGAAUUCAAGAUAGAAAAAGGGACACGACAGGGGUGCCCAAUUUCCCCACUGCUUUUUAUAUCGGUCCUGGAGGUUCUGCUAAAUAUGAUUAGAAAGGACCGGUUGGUUAAGGGCAUACAGGUCGGAGCUAAACAGUAUAAACUGAGAGCAUUUGCAGAUGACCUAGUAUUGACGCUACAGGAGCCAGAAUCUCGCACUAAAAGAGUUUUAGAAUUAAUUCAGGAAUUUGGUCAGGUGGCAGGUUUUAAAUUGAACAAGCUAAAAACUAAGGUUUUAGAGAAAAAUUUAACACCGAUUGAAAGAGAGAGGUUUCAGAAUGAGACAGGAUUGAAUGUGGUAAAGAAAGUGAAAUACCUGGGGAUUAAUAUGACAGCCAAAAAUGGGAACUUAUUUAAAGAUAAUUACGAAAAAUGUUGGACGGAAGUGAAAAAAGAUUUAGAAAUUUGGUCAAAUUUGAAACUCUCACUGCUGGGCCGUAUUGCUGUGAUAAAGAUGAAUGUAUUGCCUAGAAUGUUGUUUUUGUUUCAGACACUACAAAUUGUAGAUAAGAUGGACUGUUUCAAGAAGUGGCAGAGAGAUAUUUCUAGAUUUGUCUGGCAGGGCAAGAAGCCCAGAAUAAAAUUUAAGAUAUUAACUGAUGCUAAGGAAAGAGGUGGAUUUGCCCUGCCAGACCUUAAACUUUAUUAUGAAUCAGCAGCUUUUUGCUGGCUGAAAGAAUGGCUACUUCUCGAAAACACAGACAUUUUGGAUCUAGAAGGUUUUAACAAUGUAUUUGGAUGGCAUGCAUACUUAUGGUAUGAUAAGGUCAAAGCACACAAAGCAUUCAAAAACCAUAUUGUCAGGAAAGCAUUGUAUAAUGUUUGGAUAAGAUAUAAAGAUUUAUUGGAAAAUAAAACCCCAAGGUGGCUGUCACCAAUGGAAGCAAAAGCUCUGAAAAGGCUCAAUAUGGAGGCCAAAUGGCCGACAUAUUGGGAAAUUUUGGAGCAAGAAGGAGACAAAUUGAAAUUGCAGAGUUUUGAGAAACUAAAAAAUAAAGUGAGAGAUUGGCUUCAUUAUUAUCAGAUAAUGGAGGCAUAUAAUUUGGAUAAGAAAAUUGGCUUCCAGGUGGAAAAGUCAAAAUUAGAAACAGAAUUGUUAGAACCCAAAACUAAAAAUCUGUCAAGAAUGUAUAACUUGCUGUUGAAAUGGAAUACUCAGGAUGAAACGGUGAAAUCUGCUAUGAUUAAAUGGGCACAAGAUGUUGGACAUAAUAUUAUGUUUGCUGACUGGGAACAGUUAUGGACCACAGGUAUGAAGUUUACGGCAUGUAAUGCCUUAAGAGAAAAUAUUAUGAAAAUGAUAUACGGGUGGUACAUGACCCCAGUCAUGCUUGCAAAAAUUUAUCAUUUGCCCGAUAAUAAAUGUUGGAAAUGUAAAGAAACUGAAGGUACAUUCUUUCACCUUUGGUGGACGUGCCCAAAGAUUAAGGCUUUCUGGGAAAUGAUCUAUAAUGAAUUGAAAAAGGUAUUUAAAUAUACCUUUCUGAAGAAACCAGAGGCCUUUCUUUUGGGCAUUGUCGGCCAAUUGGUGCCAAAGAAGGAUAGAACCUUUUUUAUGUAUGCCACAACAGCAGCAAGAAUACUCAUCGCAAAGUAUUGGAAGACACAAGAUCUACCCACUUUGGAAGAAUGGCAGAUGAAGGUGAUUGACUACAUGGAAUUGGCGGAAAUGACUGGCAGAAUCCGAGACCAGGGAGAAGAGUCGGCGAAAGAAGACUGGAAGAAAUUUAAAGACUAUUUACAGAAAUAUUACAAAAUUAAGGAAUCUUAGAAGGAUGUUGGAUAGAAACUAAGAGGUUUUUAGCUGUAAUGCCUUAAGAGAUAUGAAAAAAAAGUUAACAAUUGGGUAAAAGUUUAAUGGUAAGGAUUUGCUGAACUAACAAACUGAACUGGAAUACAAAGAAGGGAGGUAUGAGGAGGUUCGGGGAAAUAAGUGCAAGGAAGAUAGGUUAUGGAAAAUUAAUGUGUUUUUAAUUGUUUUAUUCUGUAUGUUUUUCUUUAUACUUUUUUCUUUAUUUUGUAUUUUCAUGUAUCCUUUUGAAACUUUAAUAAAUAUUAUUUAAAAAAAAUAAAAUAAAACCACCCAUCCCUGGUGGCCAUCCCUGCCUCCGCCUGAACCAGUGCACCAAUUGCAAAGAGCCUUAUAGGUGUAGCGCCAUAGAAGCUAACAUAUGUGUUAUGACAUAAGUGGGGCAUGGGGUUGGGAAUGUAGGUAGUGCUGUCAAAUAACACUGAAAUGCAGAAAAUAAUUGUUAGGAGAACUCAAUUAUGAAUGUACGUCAGAUAUGUACAGUGAUAACUCACAACAGCAAUAGCUGAUGCAAUGCAAUCAUACUCGCAUUGCAAGUUAAUUAACAAUGGCACCGAUCAGACAAAGAUAUUGACAGAGUUUGAGCGCCAUGGCAGAAAAGGUCCCCUUGCCAGUAGUUACACUAGCUGAUAUCACUUGCUUUGUUUUGCUUUCUCAUUUCUUCAGGCCAGAUGCUUUGAUGACUCAGUUAUUAUUCCAUAUUUUGCAGUUUUCCGUGGUCUGUUCAUUUACAGAUAUUUUUCCUUCCUUUAAAAGGUGCCAAGCGGGUGACCAACAAGGCAACUCUGUGGUACGUGCCCCUCUCUCUUAACAACGUGAACAAAAUAUUGGAAGUCCCUCCUAUUCAGGUAAGGGGAUGUUCCAAGGGUGAUGGUGGAGCUCUAUAUGAGUCAGGUGUUAGUCCAGAUUCUGCAAACAAAAUAAGCAAUGCCCAUUUCCAUGUUUACAUCCACUUGCUUAAUCAUGUACUGUAUUGUGUUGUAUAAUCUGGUUUCGUUGUCUUGAUUCACACUGUAGCUGAGAUUCUCCUAGAAAGAUGUCCUCUUCUCCCCCCAGACUUCCUUUGAACAAACUUUUUCUAACUUCCUCCUUUGCUCCAACAUAUUGUGACAUAUCAGAUUUAACACUUGGUCCACGUUGCUCCUGUUCACUCCAUUACCUUAGAGGGAAGUCCUCUCUUGCCAUGCCUUCAAAGGGGCAGUGUGUGUCCUCUUAAACAGCUGUAUAGAAAAACACUCUGGCAACUUCCUUUCUCCAUUGGUGGCCCAAGAGGACAUUUCCUUGCCUCCAGUGGCACAUGAAGCAAUGGUGGUGGUGUGGCCAGUCGGGCAGCAGUCCUUGUCCCUUCCCCUCUGACUUGGGAUGACCAGGUGGCCCUUCUGUUUCUUAUCAGUUUGCAGAGAAGGCGCAGGAGGAGGAAGGGAGAAGGCGCUACGAAGAGCAGAAGCUGGAACGUUUGGAAACGAAGGAGAGGAACGGGGAUGUCAUCAUGCCAGUGAUUAAUCCAGGUAAGACGGGCAAUCUGAGUUAACGCCUGCUCCAAAGGACAUGGUGAGGCUUAGCAGAAUCAUUGCAUCUUUACAUGGAACUGUUGAUUAGCUUGCUGCCAAAGCCAGAAGUACUAACUUUGGGGCAGGUAUUUUUGUGAGUGAACAACUGCAACCCCUCCCCGAACUACUGAUUUCUAAAAUGUUAUACCUUCCCAUGAAUCAUGCCCAGGAUGCACCAUUAAUUGACGUAUCCUUAUCAACUACAUGUCACACCUGCUCCCUGGUCCUUCCUUCAAACAGGAACAUUUUAGGCCUUUUCUCCCCCAUAUCCCUCUGGCUGGCUCCUAGGUUCAGCCUGAAGGUUGCCCACACCCAGUGGCGGAGGGGGCAAUCCGCCCGGGUGUUAUCUCUAAGGGGGUGACAAGAAGGCACUCCACGGGGGGCUCGCCGCUGGGCACGAGUUGCUGCCAUCACGCCACCGCAGCCGCGCGCGGAGGAUCUUCCUUUUGCGGUUGCAGUGGUGGAGGAGGGAUCCCAUUGGCGUCUGUACGGCGCUUGAGCAGCUCCUACAGAUCCCUCCGCUGCAGCCACGGGCAGAGGAUCCCGCUGUCGUCGAGCAGCUCUGUCGGCAAACUGCCCUGUGGCGCAUGCGCAGUGCUGCUACGUACGCCGCAUGUGUGUGUACUGUACGUACAGUGUCACACAUGCACAGUACAUGGCGCCGCACAUAGGCUGCGGGGCGGUUUGCCCCCCCGACACCCCACACCAGGUGCUGGUUAGCCAUCCUUUGCCCCUGCCCACACCUGUAAUAUGGUGGCAUCUUUGCUACAGAGGUGGGAUAUCUGGGAUUGUAGUUCAGUGGGUGCUUCCCGAGAGUCAGUUGACUGUGAUUUGACAACUUCUUAACUGUUGUUGUUGUUUAGUCGUUUAGUCGUGUCCGACUCUUCGUGACCCCAUGGACCAGAGCACGCCAGGCACUUCUGUCUUCCACUGUCUCCCGCAGUUUGGUCAGACUCAUGUUUGUAGCUUCGAGAACACUGUCCAACCAUCUCGUCCUCUGCCGUCCCCUUCUCCUUGUGCCCUCAAUCUUUCCCAACAUCAGGGUCUUUUCCAGGGAGUCUUCUCUUCUCAUGAGGUGGCCAAAGUACUGGAGCCUCAGCUUCACGAUCUGUCCUUCCAGUGAGCACUCAGGGCUAAUUUCCUUAAGAAUGGAUGCGUUUGAUCUUCUUGCAGUCCAUGGGACUCUCAAGAGUCUCCUCCAGCACCAUAGUUCAAUAGCAUCAAUUCUUCGGCGAUCAGCCUUCUUUAUGGUCCAGCUCUCACUUCCAUACAUCACUACUGGGAAAACCAUGGCUUUAACUAUACGGACCUUUGAUGGCAAGGUGAUGUCUCUGCUUUUUAAGAUGCUGUCUAGGUUUGCCAUCGCCUUUCUCCCAAGGAGCAGGCGUCUUUUAAUUUCGUGACUGCUGUCACCAUCUGCAGUGAUCAUGGAGCCCAAGAAAGUAAAAUCUCUCACUGCCUCCAUUUCUUCCCCUUCUGUUUGCCAGAACUUCUUAGCUAGUCACCAUAAAAGCUGGAUCCAUUUUGCAUUUCCUGCUGCAGAGCCUGUCUGAUGAUGGUGCCAGCUUGUGUGUGAACCUGGAUGGGGACUGGCAUCUCCUCCUGAUGUCUUGAACAGGCUCAGUCUCUCAGUUUGGCUCACAGAAGCUCACAGGGAUCCAGGCUGAGAAUUCCAGGUUGGAGGUCUAGAACUUCCAUGCCAUGCCUUGGGACUUUCCCCAGAGGCACAUGCUCCUCUUUACCUACCCCACUUCUAUGCAUAAAGACAGACUUUCUUCCUUCCUCCUGCUCCAAUGAAAGCCCAAAGCCUGCCUUUUGGGAAGUGAAGAGCCCCAACCUGCGCAAUGUGCCUGGAGCAAGAGCAGUCCUCCAGGGAUGCUUUCGUCUUCCUUCCACCACAGAAACAGUUGGGUUCAAAGCCAUCUAUUUUAGUGCUCAGACUGUCUGCACUCGGAUAUUUAUAGAUGACCAUACAGCGGUGUGCAUGCAGCCCAGGAACGUGUCAUUCCCCCUCUCCCCAUCGACUCGAGGAGACUGUUCAGUGGAUUUCUUCUCAGAGCCGUGAGCGGCAGCAGUCAUGCCUUCUCUAAAGCUGAGGCUGCUGCCAGAGCAUGUGAUCGAGUGAACUUGCAGAGGUAGGAGCUCCAAAGAGGUGACCUGCAGGUCUAUUUUUGUCUCUGUGAACAGAGCCCCCCCUUCCCCACUAGCUUAAUUUUAGGUGUCUUUUAGAGCAGGAAGAGCACAGGGGAUUUGUGCUGCAGUUGCCUAGCAACCCAUCACAAAGGGCUGGGGGGGGGGGGAGAGCGAGCUCGGAUCUCUUUUGUCAUGUCCAGGAGGCUUUUAAGACGAAAAUUUCUACAGAAUGGCAGUGGGCUUCCUUUGUUUGGAAGCUUUAGGAUGGGGCACAGCUGUCUGUUUCCACAGUGAAUAGACUGUAUGUUCUACUUAAAGGUCGUUGUCUGUGUUAAGGACAUUUAAAGCUUGAUGUGCUCCAGACUAAAGGUGUGUUGGGAACUCCCUGCCAAGUGAAGUAUCUAAGGACUUGUGCUAGGAGAGAGCCUCAUGUGGACACAGCAGAGAGGAAAGCAGGUUCUGCCCCUGCAGCUGGGUGGUGCACUGGCACCUCUGGCUAUAAACACCAGGAACUUGGCCUGAUCCGCAGAGCAAGGCUUUCAGCCUGCUGCACUUUAGGGUCCAGCUCAAGUCCUGCCUCCAUCCAUGGAUGACAGAGUUCCUGGGUUGUUGUUAUUCAUUAAACUUAUUAGUCACUUUUUAAAAAAAACAACAAAACAGUAACUCAAAGUGGCUGAACAAUAAAUAAGUAACAUAUGCAUUAAAACCAGCACAAAACAAGACAGAGAAAAAUCUAAAACUCAUUCAAGUUUAAACAGAAGGUACCUGCUGAAUCUCUAUUGGCAGAGCAUUCCACAGUACUGUGCCGAUGACACUAAGACUGUAUUUCUUGUUAUUGAGUGAGCCUCACCAACUCGGGGAAUGACCAAUGAUACUCCUGCAGAUGAUCUCAGAACUUGGAUAUAAGGGUUCAGGCAGCUCCCCAAUCCCAGAUCCACUUUAGACCAGGCUUUGUAACUGAAUCACCCUUGAUCACCCUGAUUUAUUGUGAGAGGGACGGGGAAUGCAACUGUGUUACUUCUGCUCAAUCUCUCAGGGGCUUUUGCUGCCCUUGACUGUGAAAUCCACCUGGACCAGCUCAGAGCGAUGGGUAUUGGAGGCACCGUAUUAUGAUGCUCCUGUUUGUAUCUUCAGGUCUGGUGGCUGAUGCACUUGUGUGCAAGGGCUGAACAGACUUUAAUAGAAGGUAGCUUUGAGGAUGGCUGGACAUUGAUAGAACCUAAAUGGUUAGAGGGUGUUGAGCACAUGGAAAUUGUGCAGAGCUGGUACAAGAGAGGUGUGGAAUGGCAGGGGCUUGAAAUGAUUAUUGCUGUGUCUGUGUAAUAAUUCAGAGUGCUGGUAUUGUCUUAUAAAGCCUUAUGCAGCUCCAUAUUCCAGUACCUCAAGGACUGCCUCUGCCAUAGGAACCAACCAGGCCCAUGCGAUUGUCACCCAAGGCUUUUCUUCAUGUGCCCCCCCCUCCAUGGGAGGUUCAGAGGGUGGCAACAUGAGAGCAGGCCUUUUCAGUGGUGGCUCCCCAUUUGUGGCAUGCUGUUUCUGAGGAGACUUGCCUGGUGUCAUCAUUAUAUAUCUUUACACGCCAGGCAAAAACCUUCCUCUAUAUUUGGCCUUUGGCCUGUAGCUAUCUGAGGCCUUUUAGAGUCGGUGGGAUUUUUUAAAUGAAUUACAAAAAUUGGUUUUAAUGUGUUUGUGUGGGGUUUUGUUUGUUUGUAAGUCUCUUUGAGUUGCCUUGGGCAAGAAAAAGCAACUCACCAAUUCAAUCAAUAAAUGAAUAAAUAAUGGAUUAAAACUCCCAUGUGCUAUUUUGUGUAUGUGUGUGCGUGUGUUUGUGGGCACUCUGGGAUCAUUUUCAGUGGUGUCGGAAUCCCACCCUCCUGGAAGAGACUCCAUGCAAGGCAGUAUCUGAAGUCUUAUCGACAGUAACCUUCUGGUGAACUGCUGCCACAGACACUGCCUCUUUCUCUCAAUUUAUUUGCCUGGUGGGCAAGGAAGGGCUAGCAAGCAGCAACAUACCCCCAUAUGCAGUGAUUCACUCAUCAAGCAUUUUGUAUUCAAAUGCCAUUGGCUACACGAUGUCCAAAACAGAGUGAAGUCAAUGUGACUUUUUAAUUCCCAUAUGAAAUCCAUACUCCCUUUCUGAAAAUGUAACCCAGAUUCCCUUUAGGUUCAAACACUUAAUGUUAGAUUGUUUUCUCAGCUCUUGGGUUGUGUUUUACUGAGCAGGUCCUUCUCUGAAGUCUGUCUUGUGGUUGGAUGAGGGUUGCUGUGUUUGCUCUUCCCUUCAGCUCCUGGCAUGCUACUUAAUCUGGGUGAUCAGGUUAAUCUUUGGGAGAGUGAAAGUCUUGGCAUGGUUGAUAGGUGUGAGAUACUGUAUUGCCUGAAGGUUGGGGGUGAGGCUACAUGACCUUCAUAUCCCAUUGCGCCUUGUAAUCCUGCAGUGAAUGCUCACAGCUUACCUUUCUGUCUCUCUUGCUCUCCUUGCUCACAGAUAGACAAAGAAAAGGUAAGAUUGUUCAGACUAAUUAACACCGUUAAGAUAGGGAAGCUUCCAAGUGUUGGCUCUCUUAUUCUUUGCUGUAAGAUUUGUCAAAGGAAAUAACUCUCGGCUUGGCACUAUGGGGGCAGAUCCCCUUAUUGUUUUAAAGUUCAUUACAAUUGCUUAAAGCAAAUUAUAUAAAAUUAUAUAUAUAUAUAUAUAUAUAUAUAUAUAUAUAUAUAUAUAUAUAUACUUGAAUGGAUUUGGUUUAGAGGAGGCAUAUAAUUUUAAAAGUUAAGGUUUGCUUGGUUUCUUAAUUUUUUUAGCGCUGGAGGACUGGGCAGGUACUGUGCUAGCUAAGGUGGAUCAGAUUUUUUUCCCCUUAGGUGGUUGCUGCAAGAGGGGAGAGGAUCUAACAGCCAGAGCUCAGCUGAAGGGAGUCCCUUUCCCCUGCUAGUUGGGGAGGGGCAAUGGUGCUAAACAUUCUGGAUGAGAAAUGCUUGUUCCUUUGUUUAAAAGCUAUAUAGCCACGGGUAGAUGAUUUUUCAAAAUACAUAAGGUUUCACUGGUCGCAAAUAGUGGUUAUACAUUUGAUUUCACAUGUCAGCCAUGUUGGUAAAUACACAGAUUUCAAAACUGCUGCCUUUUCAGGUGGGUUUUCAUAGUCUGUUUUGACCCCUUUAAGGCAGGGAUCAAACAUUGCUGCUUCAAGGCGUCUUCCAUUGAUAUGUGGUGUACACAGGGCAUCACGCUACAACCUGUUUUCCCAGCAUUUCCUUGGAACUGAAUUGCAGGGGAAGAGGCGCAAGCUGUUUUUCAGGGAAGCUCUUCUGCCAUUAUUAUUCUUACUGAGGAUCCUGACACAGUUGCAAAAACUGCUAACACAAAAUUCUUCAAGUCUGAAUGCACCCUUAGUCUGAUCCAGCAGAUCUCUUCCUCUGUCCUUACACUUCUGUGAACUCUAAAACAUCCUUUCUGUGGGGCUGAAUUAAUUUGGUCUUCUCAUGGUCUGUGCUCUUCCCUCCCCUUACAGAGCCAUAUACUGUUGGCUACAGCCAGUCCAGCUUGAUCCACCUGGUGGGACCAUCUGACUGCACCAUGCAUGGAUUUGUGCACGGAGGUAAGUUCCCAGUCUGUGUCCAUCAUGGCUUUGAUGUGCUCUUUUGGUGCCACACCAUGGCUCUGCCAGACAUCCCGUCAUUUGCUAGAAAGUCCUGGGUGAACCCUUUGAGGAGGUGCCUGUUGAUGCUGGUUUCAUUCAUUAACUUAUAUACUGCUUCCUGUUUCAGCAGAAAUCUCUAAGCAGUUCCUUGGCAUCAGCUGUCAUGUAACCUUUCCCUUAACUGCACCCAGGCCUAUCUGUCAAGUUCUGCCUACUUUUCCACACACCCCUUUGUUCUGUUAGUCUUGCAUUGGAGGCUUACUGGGCAGGAGUUGUAUGUUUGUAAUGCAUGAGUGCCACAGAGGUCUCCUACAUCUGUUUUGGAACUAAUCAGGGGCUUGGGAGGCUUGAAUCAGGAACCUCAGGAUUUAGGGCUAGGGUCUUCUCUGGUAAGCUGGCUAGAACCAUACGAAUUCAGGCGCCUAGACACACAAUCUCAGGUUGUGUAAACAUUGGUGCCUGCAAUUGGCAGUCUGUGUUACAAAACCUCUGGAUGAGCGGACGGAAUGGUAUGUCUUGCUUGCUGUGCUUCGGGUAUCACCUUUUUCAGUUACGAGCUCAUGCAACUGACUUCAGGGAUCUUGAAUGGGAGAGGGUCCCCCCCCCCCACUGGCGGAGGAAGAGGAGUGCGGGGGAAGCGCACCACCCCCGGCAGCACGAUCCGGGUGGGAUGCCAUCGCGGCUGCCCUUCCGCCUUCGCUGGGUGCCACACCCCCGCAGGUGGCGCACCACGCCCCCAGGACACGUGCCACGCCCCGGGACUCAUGUCAGCCCCGCCCUGCCUGCUCUCCGCCCCCCGGUGCCAGAGCAUGAAGCUCUGCCACUGCCCCCACCCCCCCGGGCUGGAUUCAGGUUGCUGUCCAGUCCCAAGGAGCCAAAGGAAGAUCUCUUUAAUAACAUUGUAUGUCGUGUUUGUUGUAUCUCGAUGUAGAGUUCUAGUGGCAUCGGUUUUUGGCCGCCUUCCAGUUGCAUUGACUGGAUGGAUCCAUUACAUUAAGCCGACCGUUCAGCCAAAAACAAAACAAAAAAACCCCCAACCAUUCUAGGAAAUGUGUUGAGAGACUGAAUUGCUCCAAAUUUCCCAGCAAAAUGCAACAUCUGUCGGUUUAUGCAAAAAGCCUCAGUUGGCACAGAGUCUCUUUUCUAGCUGCAGCUCCGCCUCUUGCUGGCGACUACAUUAGCCCUGCGCAGUUUAUUCUACGUGUGCUGAAAAAUCCUCAACCAAUCUCCCCCAACCUGGCGUCCUCCAGAUGUUUUGAACUACAGUUCCCAUCAGCAGUCUGUGUCUGUGUGUGUAGAAAGGAGGAAAAGACAGAGCAGCUCAAAGAGAAUGGAAUGGUGCCUUUUUCUCCUUUACCUCCAAAGAGAUCAAUGGAGGGGUGGAUGGCAAAAUGGUUUGCUCUUAAUAGAGAUUGUAAAACCAUAACUGCUGGUAUUUUUGUUGCUUCGCAACAGCUGCCUCUUUCCUAAAAUACUGCACCUGCAACUUGACUGUUUAGCAAAAUUGAUUUUCUCUUGAAUAAAAUGUUGGCAGAUGUGUGCGGGUGAUUUGCAGGAACAAUUUUAAUCAUAUUAUGGUAAGGUUGGUUUUUGGCCAAAUUAGGCCUAGUUUGAACUUUCUCCUUUAAAAAAAUUCAAAACUGCCUUGUGCCAUUUUCUGUGAAAAACAUGGGAUUGCUCAAGGCUAGGAAGAGUUUGGGGAAUAGAAGGGUGAAAUAUUGUGGAGCUGUCCCUCCCCCCCCCCUCCCCGGGCCUGCAUGCUGUUCUGUUAGCAGGGCUGGGACAAAAUAAAAAUAAAAAUGCAACCAUGCUGGUCUGUGAGCUAUCGGAUAGAUCUAAUAAUCCAGAUUUGCAGCACUUUAGAGGGCAGAUGAGAAUAUAAUGCAGGUUUCAGGCACUGGAUAAAAAGAUCAUCCCCCCCCCCCGCCCCCCGGCCAUCAGCUUCUCUGAAACUGAGGCUUCAGUAGUAGUUCUCACUGGGGUGCAGUCUGGCUCGCAGUCCACUCCUCUGCAUAUCUGCUCAGGAGUAAAUCCUAUUGAGUUCAAGUGGGUAUAGGAUUGCAGGCUUCACACUGCAAAGUUCCUUGGCUUCCAGGUGGCCAUUGUGUGACUUGUGGCUUUCCCAGACAUCCAGAUGGAGCAGCUGGGAAGAAAGUAAUAAUGGGAGCUUUGUCAAGCUCACUGCUUGGUGUUUGGGGUGCUGUUUGCAGUGCCUGUCAUUUCAGUGUAGCAGCUUUAGAUGUGCAAGAUCAAAGUUUGAGUAUCAGCAGAAAUCGCAGCAUAAUUGGCAGCCAGGAGGGCCUGACUGGCAGAAGGCAACAGACGUAGCACAGAGCGCAGCCCUGCCUUGGUGUUCUAUUUUUAAAAGGCAAUGGAAGUCAUGAGAUCUAGGAAAGAUCCCACCAAGGCCCCAAGGUGAGAACCUUGCCUUAAAAUCCACUGUUGACUCUUAAUAGAUUCUCGCAAGCAACCGAGGGGGCUGUCGCUGUUAGGGUGGGCUUGGUGUUCAUAAUAAAGCACCAGGAUCAAUCCUCAGCACGAGGAAAGGCCUCAGCCUGUGUCACAGAAGAGCUGUGUCUGAGAUUCCUCUGCUGAUCAGAAUGGUUUCAGUCAAGCUGCCUUCAACAACCUUGGUGACCUUGGUGGACUGCUGCUGCACCCAUCAGCUCCAACCGCCCAGGGGGCUGUAUAGAAAUAAGUCAGUAGGGCAGGAUCAGUUAUGUGUGCAGGUCCAGUCUCCUCAUCUGAAAAAAUAUAUAUUGUAGAUCUGCAGAUGGUACAGACACAGGCAGCCAAAGUGAGCCUCACAAGAUCAGACCAAAGUCUUUUUGACUUCUUAGUUUGGGGGGGGGGGAGAGAGAGAUGACUGGGGGGCAACAUGGGGAGAUAAUAUGAUAUAUGGCUGUAGAAUUACGCAUGAUGAGGAACAAGUGUGUUUUAUAAUCCUGGCAUUUGUGUGGUGAUCCAAUGAGGAAGAUUGGGGGUAGAUUCAGGUCUGGCCAAAGAAAGCACUUCUCCACACAACACAUGGUGGGUUUUUAUUUAUUUAUUCUUUUUGAGUCCCCCCCCCACCAGUUGUGGUGGUUCUCACUGGCUUUUUUGGGUGGGGGAGGGUUAAAUUUGUGGAUGAAGAUGUUUGACAUCAGUUAAUGGUUUGACAGAUUGUGAGCCACUUUGGACACAGCCUUGUGGAAAAGCAGCUUGCCAAUGAAUGCUGUCUGAAUAAAGCCUCUAUGAUCAGAGGGCUGUUUUGCUUGAGUGCUGCAAGUGAGUUCCACAGAGGCAUUUCAUUGUAGAAACCAGGAUGGAGGACUAGAGGGUGUCUUUGCUUGGAUCCAGCUAUGGGGCUCUUCAUAUGUUCUGACAAUUAAAGCCGCAGAAGAUGAUGAAAUGGGCAGGUGCUGCCAUGGGCUGCAGAAGCAACACACGGACUGCUCUGUUAUUCAGAGGCUGCAGUGCAGGUAGGAAGAGGCUGUGAUAGGCUGAGCUGUGUCUGGCUUGGGAUGUUCCAGCUGCCCAAGAUCCUGCAUGUUAGAGGAGGGCUAGCCAAAGUGCUGCCUACAGGUGGUGCUGGACUACAUCUCCCAUCAUUCCUGACUAUUUGCCAUUCUGGCUGGGGCUGAUGGGAGCCGCAGCCCAACAACAUCCGGAGGGCACCAGGCUGGCAAAAGGCUGAAGCAGCGUAACCUAGAUAGAUGUGAUGGUAAUGCCAUUUGUUCGGAGUUUUCUUUUAAUCAAAAUUUAAAUCCCCUGCUUGAAUGCAGAUGAGGUGGUGCUUCUAGUAGUGCCAGAGAAGAGAAGUGGUUGCUAUAGAAACUCUUCAUUAUGAAGACUCUCCUUGGUAAUCUAGACCUGUGUAAUUAAAACAUACACUUUGGAGAAGGAGGGGGCUCUCAACUUUAAAAUCAAGUCUCACAAAUUAAGUGGAAGCCUUUUGAUGGGAGGAUUGUGCUGGAGUCGGAACUGACUUGCUAAAAAUCCUGUCUCGUGCCUCUAAAAAGAAAGAAAAGUAUAUGUGUGACUUAGAGUAGAAUCCUGGUAACACCUCCCAUCUAGCUGGUUUAGGAAUAGAAUGGCUGAUGGAUGCUAAGCCCUGGUGACCUCACUGCCCAUUUGUACUUGGGAACCAAAAAGAGGCUGUGCAGACAUUUGACACAGAGAACCAGCAGUCAUGAUGCAGGGUUGUCUUUUGUAUUGAGCAUAUAUGAAUUCAAGCAUCUAAAAAGCACCUUCCCUCUUCCCCAAGGCAUUGACUUCCAAUGACCUAAUAAACUUUAGAAAAAGACUCUCUGUCCUCCCCACCCUUUCCACCUGUUUACAAACACACACAGAUAGAGACUUUUUAGCCACAAAAGACUCUAGUAGGCCUGGUUAGGAAAUUCUGACCAAGUGAUGCUUCUGAAUACCAGAUGCUGGGAAUUGCAGGAGGAGAGAGUCCUCUUCUGCUUGAGUUCUACUUGCUGGUUUCCCACAGGUAGGUGGUUGACCACUGUGAGAACAACAGGAUGCUGGACUAGAUGGGCCCCCUUUGGCCUGAUCCAGCAGGGCUCUUCUCAUGUUCUUAGUUUGAAUGGUUGUGGAUCUGUAGCUUUUAAGAGCUGGUUUGUAAAGUGGAUAUAUAAUACAGGAAGUAAAAUUUUGGGGAAAGGAUGUACACCCACCACCAAUGAACCCAGUUUAUUUUAUAGAUCCAGUGCCUUCUCUCAGAACCAGCUGGUUCAGAACAAGGUGUCUCUCUCUCUCCAGCUCCUUGGCUCCCACAGUAGCUGGCCAGAUGGUUUCAGGAAGCCCACAGGCAGACUUGGAUGGCAGAUGUGCCCCUCCAGCAACUGAGCUGAAUAUGGAGUUCCUGCCUGGUCCUUAUUGCUAACAGCCGUUGGUAGGCACAUUCAUGGAGAUCUUUUCUACAGUGUCAGAACAUAAGAAGAGCCUGCUGGAUCAGGCCAGUGGGCCACCGAGUCCAUCAUCUUCGUCUCACAGUGACCAAGCAGGUGCCUAUUAUGAGGAACUGGCAAGUAGGACCUGAGCACAAGAGCACUCUCUCUUGUGGCUUCCAGCAACUGGUAGUCAGAAGCAUUUCUGCAACUGACUGUAGAGGUUGAGCAUAGGCAUCAUGGCUAGUAGUUAUCGAUAGCCUCGUGGACACAUUCAUGAUUUGUCUAAAAUUUUAAAGCCACCCAAGUUGGUUGCCAUCACUGCCUCCUGUUGGAGGGAGUUCCCUAUUUUAUGUGCUGCAUGAAGAAGACCUUUCUUUUAUCUGGCCUGAAUCUUCUGGGCUGGGGUGUGGCAUGUAUGAUGGAUGGGCCCUGGCCUGGAAGGCGGGGUUUUUUGCACAUACUUUGGAAUCACUGCUUGUUGUUUGUGGCUGCAAGGCACUAGACCUCUUGAUGUGGAUAGGCUUGUGCUGCUUUCCACUCUCCCUUUUGCUGUUCCUCCGCAGCUCCUCUUCCCCCACACUUAACUCAGCCUAAAAUGCGCUCAUUACAGCUGCUUCCCUUGUUCCAGGUUGCUCCCCCAUCAUGCCACCCUGGGUGCAUUGCAGCACUGAUCCACACUGCACGUGCUUCUCUACUUUUUUUAGCCUCUCACAGUACACCACAGGCUCUCCCCCAGCAGGGAGUAAUGGCUUAACUGCUAGCCCUGGCAGUCUUCAUCUUAUUGUUUUCCCUAUAGCCCUGGCAGUCUUCAUCUUAUUGUUUUCCCCAUGUUGGGGAGGGGGGAGUGCUGUUACUAGCCAGGGCCUUGCUGCCCUCGUGAUGCAUGCAGGGCCAGCCAGUCCCCAGGGUGGCUUGAUUAAUUGGCCAUCACCGCCUGGUUGGGGGCAGCGGCAGGGCAGGGGAGAUGGAUGCUUUGUUUCAAGGCCUCCUCUGCAAAUCGGGGUUAAUGCGAUUUCAUCUGUCUCCAGCAGGCUAACACUAAUAGGGCAGCAAGCAGGCAAGAGGAGAGCUGCGCUCUGGAGACAUCGCCUUCCAAGCGACUCAGGAGCAAAUCAUUCUCCUUGCAAGCACAGGCCCAACUCUCGGGUUGGCAAAAUAUCUGUUCUAAUAAGGGUCAAGGAGUGGCUCUUCUCUCUGGUCGUCCUUCAUGGGAUCAUGGGCUUCAGUUUGCAGCAUCUUCAGUUUAAAGGUUGUGAGGUAGCAGAGCUGGUUCCAGCUGGAGACUUUGGGGAAGCAAUCAGAGUGAACCAGACUUCACCAUCCUGAUACCCUCCAGAUGUUUGGGGCUACCGCUUCCAUCAGCUGUGCAGCGACAGCUGAGCUGGCUUGGGCUGGUGGGAGUUGUCACCCAUAAUGGCUUGCUGGGGGCUCCAGGUUGGUGAAUGCUGCCUGGAAUAGGCAAUGUUAGGCUAGGUGAACUAAUGAUCUGGCACAGUAUUUGCCAGCUUCCUAUUCCUGAAGAGUAGCUCAGUCCCAAGAAAGCAGCCGUUGGUUAACCUGUUUAACCUCAUGUUGCACCCCUUGGGGAUGCUGCAGACUAAAUCCUGUGGUCCCAUCCAGGCAGUGCAUGCUGUCUACUACUGAGCUGUAACUCCCUGCCAAUUUUUGGACUUUUAUACCGCUUCAGGCACCAUAGCUAUGUAUUCUUUGGCAUGGAGAAACAAGAGUUGAAUUAACUUGGAAGGUGGGCAAUAUGUGUUGUUUUCCAUCCCCCUCCUUGCUAGGUACAUUUUAGCAGAGAAUUGAUUUGUGAUAUAUUGGUGUGCUGUUGUGUGUGCUGCAACUUUCCCUACUCUGUUGGUAUUUACUUCUCUGUUUCAAAGCAGAAACAAAAAAACUCAGGGCUACUGUCCUAUGUGUGUGCCCAUGCCCAUUUGCAUCUUGUGUUUAAAAAGAAAACACCCCCAAACCUGGAGUGAGUUGCCUGUCAAAUAGAUACCCUGUAAUUUGGCUGCCAUCUAUGAAAUGACAAAUCUCCUCUUCUGACACCAAACACAAAAUUACUGAGAAAUGUCUGUGUAAUUAUUCUUGUUCUCUUUAGGUGACAGCUUGAAUGAAGUGGCUGUAAAUGUUGGUGAAAUGUGGAUGCUGAUAGAAAGGAAGGGCAUGGUGGAAAACCUUAACAUAUCCUGCUAAAUUAACUUCUUUAUAAAAUGGGUGAAGGUCUCUGGACAGUUUUGGGACUGUGAGAUGGAAACAGUUUUAUGUGAUGUACAUUGGUGUCCACAGGCAAUAGAUCUCUGCUCUAUUGUUGAAGGGAAAAUCCUAAGACACCUUUUUGAGAAACUGAAAAAUGUGUGGUCUGUACAAUCCAUAUUGCAGGUCAAAGCUUGCUAUGCACCCCUUGCCUUAUUUUUAAAUUUUAUUUCAUCAACUCUGUCCCAUGUGGAGUCCCCCUCCCCAUCCUAGCUCAUAAGAAGAGCCCACCAGAUCAGGCCAGUGACCCAUCUAGUCCAGCAUCCUGUUCUCAUAGUGGCCAACCAGAUGCCUCUGGGAAUCCAACUCUCCUCUCCUGCAGUUUACAGCAAUUGGUAUUCAGAAGCAUUGCUUCCUCCAGCAAUGCUUCUGAAUACCAAUAGCCAUCAACACCCAUGAAUUUGUCUAAUCCUCCUUUAAAGCCAACCAGGUUUGUGUCCAACUCAAAGCUAGUCCGAUAAAAAAAAAAAUUAAAUGGUAAAAGCCUAAAGCAGCAGAAUGGAGGAAGAUGGAACAAAAGUUAAUCUACUCCAAAAUUAUGGUGAAGCAAAUGAGCUUAUAAUAUACCAAACAUUAAUAAAGCAGGAAGCUUGGAAUCUGAUCAGAAACCAGCGGAGAUCUGAUAACAUUGAAGUUGGUGUUCCAAAGGGGACAACCCUACCUGUUGCAGACAGAAUUGGCCAUUUUGUGCCUGCUGACGUUACUAAAGGCAGCCUCACACGAUGUAGCUUUGAUGCAAUCCAAGUGUGACAGUGUCAAGACCUGCUUUUUCUAAGAAAGGGCGUUGCUGCCGCACAAGUUGAAUCUCUGCAAAAGCAUGUCAUGCCACAACUACUGACCUGAUGUAUCAUAGAGCAGAGCUUGGUUCCAGGAGAACUGCAAGCUGCUCUUAGGUGGGGGGGGGGCACUCUCACCCUGUAGGACCAUCUGUGUCCCUCUAAAUCGAGAUCUACCAAACCUUUUUCUUACUUGGUUUAAGUCUCAGUUUGUUAGCCCACAUCCAAUUCAUACCACUGUGAUGCUGGUUCCAGACGUCCUCUCUGAGGUCACAUGGAAAGGGGAGAGAGAGACAGGGAGACAGAGUGGCACUAUACUGCCCCCUCCGCCCCCCCCGCCAAACAUAGCUAAAUGCUGGCACAGUUUCACAGCCAUGAGUGCAAAGAUAAGAUCAUGGUUUGAGUUUGAGAAUACAGUUCCGAUUUUUAAAGCUCUCAUGUUAUCCCUGGCUGUGUUUUGAGACAGACAUAAGCAUGGCCCAUGCAGUGGCCAACCAGAUGCCUGUAGGAAACCAGCAAGCAUCCUUUGGCUUCCAGAAACUGGUGUUCAGAAGCAUUAUUCUCUCCAGCCAUGGAUGCAGAGCAUAGCCAUCCUGACUUAGUAGCCCAUGUGGCAGUGAAUUCCAUAGUUUCGCUAUUUGAAAAAGGACUUUCUUUUAUCUUCCCCGAAUCCUCCAAUGUUCAGCUUCAUGGGGUGUCCGCAAGACCCGGCCUGCCGACGAUGAGCUGUGCUUAGGACAGAUCCCCACAUUAAACAAGAGACACAGAUGCCACUUAAACGGUUUCCCUAUUUUGCAUGAUUCCCCCAUAACAUAUAGGAUUACUUGUCCCUCUGUUCCGUGCUGCUACAUCAGUGCACUGCACAUUUCCCCCCUUCUAGGGAAGCAUGCAGCAUGAUGGGGGAAGUGACGAUCCUUGUUUUAGGAAGGCAACAUGCUCUUCCUCCUGUUGCUGUUGCUUUAACAGCAGUGCAAGGAAGGAAGCCACGGUUCUAGUGAGCGUGCACUUGCCAGGGUAUUUUUAGUAACUGUUAGCUUCCCUGUCAGUUGGAGCCACACUGCCUUGCUUCAGGCCGGGGGGUGGGGGGGGCGGCUGCAUCUCUAUGGAAUACGCUGAAAGCAAGUAGUAAAAGAAAUGGUGUUGCGUCUCUCUCUGACUUCCCAACCUGUACACUGUUUAUUUCACAGGCCAUAAUGCUCGGCAGCGAAGAACACCGUGUGUGUGUGUGUGAGAGAGAGAGAGAGAGAGACUUGCAAGCCAUUUCCCCAUGUCAAUCUGAUUCUUUUGCCCCAUUCUAAAAAGCCUGAUGUCUGCCCACAUGCACCAAAUGUAGUGGCAUGCAGGCAGUCUUUCAGAAAACCAGCGUCAGACCAAAUGCAAUAGAUUGGAUUAGGAGAUUAUUUUAAUUGAUUACAAUGAGCACAAGACAGCACAUAUGGUUCUUCCUUUCCCCCAUUUUAUCCUUACAACAAGCCUGUGAGGUAGGUUAGGCAGAGAGAGGCAGAGUGACUGGCCCAAGGCCACCCAGUGAGCUUCAUGGCCAAGUGGGGUUUUGAACCCCGGUCUCCCAGGUCCUAGUCCAACAAAUUUAACCAUUGCAGCAACCAUUGGCUCUCAGUGAGAGCGAAACUCUGUCAGCACAAGGGGGCUUUGCUGUCUACAGCUCCCUGUACCUCCCAGGGGGUCUGGGGCCUGCAAUGGGAUGGAGAAAUGAGGCUUUAGUGGCCCUGUCUCACUCAGUCCUAGUCUGACCCUUUUAGCACUAUCCCAUGCUGGUUUACCCAGCCAUCAUCUCCUGUGGAGGUGCUCAGGAGCAUGGUUCGAUGCAGUCCCAGAUAUACCGUAUUUUUCCAUGUAUAAGACUAGUUUCUUUUCCUUAAAAAAAUGUCAAAAAUUUGAGGGUGUCUUAUACACGGAUAGUAAAAUACACGAUUUUUUCUUAAAUUGGAGUUCCCCCAAAAUAGAGGGCUUCUUAUACAUGGGGGCGUCUUAUAGACGGAAAAAUACGGUAGUUGUCUCUUCCUCUGUUGUUUCCAGCUAAUGAUAAAGAGAGCAGGAUGCUUGGAGCACCCCUCUGUUCAAAAUGCACUAUCCAGAGUGUCUUGCCUGUCACCUAAUUUAUUAUACUUCCAGGACCGAGAGAACAUGCAGUCUUCUUUUUUAAUCUCUCUCUUUCAAAUAUAGGUACACCUGGAAUUUUAAAGGCCUGUAAAUCUUCAGUGCUGCUGUGAACUUUGUGUUGUGGUUACAUUUUUGAUUUUGUGCUGCAUGUAGUAUAAGCACUGAUAACUGGGAAACACUGGCCUGCGAGCUCUCCAGUUGGAGAACAGGCUUUACUUUGUCUUCAUGGAAGACAAUCUUACUCAGCUACGAGUGAGAGAAGCUACUUCACAUCCUCCCCUCCCAAAGGCCUCUAUGCUGCUUAAAAGUCUUCUCAGAAUGGAUGUUGACUCGUGCAUAAGUCACAGGCCUUCCUCUUUCCCCCUCCCUCUCCCCUCCUUUCUUACCUGCUGUGAUGAAUGCUCCACUUGCCUGUAACACUUGCUGUGUUUUGCCUUAAAUUGCUUUGCCUGUUUUUUCCCUGUAGAAGAAUGGCUUGGCCUCUUCUUUUAUGUUCCUUAAACCUUGUGGGGAAGUGGAAAUUGAAGCCUGGAGGAAGAAUGCAGGCUUCCUUUUGAUCAGAGACCGUUCCAAAAGAGAGUCUGGAGGAAAGGAAUUCUGUUUCCCCGCAGACCUUAAAAUUUCAGUGCAUGUUAUUGUCCUUCCAAAAUCAGCUACAUUUUCUCUGAAGAUCUUAGGGCCUUGUUAAGCUGCAGUAUGUAUUGUGCACUUAUUUAAAAUGUUUGUGUCCUGCCGUUCCAAAAAUGGCUGUUGGGCCCAACAAAGAAAAAGGAAUUUGAAAAUACAGUCAAAAUGCUUAAAACAUUAUUACUUCAAAUAAGCAAUAAAAAGAGCACAGGUAAACUCCAGAGUUCAUUAAGAUCCCUAGCAACCAAAGACCUUCCUUAAAAUAGGUCUUCAUCCUACAUGGAAGACCCUCCAGGAAGGGGCGAGGCAGAUCUCUUCAGGAUGGGUAUUCUAGAUUCUGGCUGUGCCCUACUCCCUAAGGCCUCUCUGGUCAGUCAGGAUUUUGGAACUCUUAAGAGUUGAUAUUAAGAGAAUGUGUUCCUUUACAGUCUAGCUAGCUGUGGAUCUCUGUCCUUAGCUCUCAUCCACUUUCCAGAAUGCAAAUAACAAGCUUGCACAGAAAGGCUUGAUAGCACUCACUGGCUGCUGCUCCUUGACAGGAAAUUGCUAAAAACUGGAAACAAGCCUCAAACUUGUCUCUCUGUCUGCUUUUUUCGACCGAGCCUGGAGAGCUUUCUUGGCAGAAAAGCUCACAAAUGAAAGAAGUCUGCACAAAGACCUAAUUAAACAAGAUUUAUACACCAGAAUUUGGUUCACAUUUGUAGUAUCUGCUGUGAAACGCACCAAUCUGUAUACUCCCAUCUGGUUCACAGAUAAAAGUUUGGAAGAUCUGCUCUUUGACAAAACACUAACUAAUGGUCUGCCGGGCUGAGUCUGCCAUAUCAUCAUGGAAUAUUUCAAUGUUUAUGUCAUGGUAUGACUCCUGGAACGUCGUUAUGUUCUUUGUUCUGUGGCUUUUCCUGUUUUGUUUUAAACAAACACACAAAUACUUUUUUUGGGGAAAAGAUCCAGCUGCUGGAGGGAAGUUGGGGUGUUUCCUCAGUGGUGUUACUGAGUGCUGAAAACGUUAACUAGUCAUGUGUAGCUAAUUCCUAAGAUAAGAAUUCAAAUCUACUGGGAAGACAUAACCUCUGCUUUUUGAAGCCCUACCGGGGCUGCGUCCACGCAGCAGUUGAUUCCAUUUUUCUCCGAUUUCCCCCAAGCUGUUGAUUUAUGUAUUGUAUUUGAGCCUUCACAUGGUAUAAAAGCCACUUCUGGAAAACUAAUGGAACCCAGUGCAUGUUUAGCGCUCAUUUCCAUGUUAAUUGAUUCCAGGAGAGAUCUGUUUGCAACCCCCUUAAGCUGGAAAAUUGUGGGAGCAAAGUGACAAAAUUUGGGGCAGUACACCGGCUUACAACUCUUCCUGCUAUUUUUAUGGGUGUGGGGAUCAUGGGGGAACAGAAACAUGCCUGUGUGGAAAGCAGGGAGAGAUUAGUGACAUUUGUUUUUAUGCCACCUGUGUCCACUGGUAUGAAUAAAAUGUAGCACAGCAUGCCAGUAUAGCAGUAAAAUAGCCAGAGUUCCGUAACCUGCAGUGUGAACGGAAUGUUAAGGGAACUGAUGGGCUAGCAUUAUUAUCAGGAAAACUAAGGCAAUAAUAUCCAUGCCCAUGCCUCUUAAGCCCAGAUAUGAAGGAAGCCCCACUCUGGCUUCAGAGGCAUGCCAUAUGCUUCUGAGCCUGGUGUGGUUUUGGGGUUGUUGUUUUUUGCAUCCUUAAGAUUCAGAAACAUGCAUGUUUUAAAAUAACAUAAAAAAUGAGACACUCAACCUGCUGAAUUCUGUGGACUGUGCCAGUUUCUGCACUUCCGUAGAGAAGUUUAUUUUCUGCAACGUGAAAGAAUGGCCAGAAUAGGACAGAGUAAUUUUUGCAUGCUCCCAAACAGCAGCUUUCCAGUCCUUAAAGAGGAAAAAUCUGAAAGACUUUUAGCAGGUUCUGCUCAAGACUUAGGAGCCAGAGGAGGAAUGUGGGGAGCCCAGUGGCUGAGGGUGGGAGAGGGCGAUUGGGUAGCUUAUUGCCCAGAGUGGCUGGGGCAACCCAGUCAGAUGGGGCAGGCUUCCUCCUCUUGUGGCUGCCUCAGUUAAUAACUGGCCAUUCUCUUUCCUGCAGGUGUUACUAUGAAGCUGAUGGAUGAGGUAGCUGGGAUCGUUGCUGCUCGCCAUUGCAAGACCAACAUAGUCACUGCAUCCGUGGAUGCCAUCAAUUUCCAUGAAAAGAUUAAAAAAGGUAAAUUGGUGGGGGUGGGCAUAAGCAUUUCAUUUUUUCUGUUGCAUUUACACUUUCAUGGCCCAAGACGCUGGCCUUACUCCCAAGUCAGACGGAGGGUCCAAAGACUUGAGGAAGGAGAGGACCAGAAGCCUGAACUGCUGUAAGAGAAUGCAAAUUGGCUGCCCUGCUAGAGAUCGCUGCAUGGAAGGAGGAACAUAAGGAGGUGCCUUAUGCUGAGUCAGACCAUUAGUGGAUCCAGUUCAGUGUUGUAUGCACUAACCAGCAAUGUAUCUCCAGGGGUUUAGGCAUGGAGCCCUAUCAUGAGGUGCUGGGGAUGGCAUACCGGGUUUUUUGAAUGCAAAGCUGAUGUUCUACUAUGGACAAUUCAUCCUUCCCAAGUGAAGAGUCCUUGCAGGCAGUGAGGUCUCCUCUGCUCCUUAGAAAACAGUUUCACCUCCCCAGAUUCCCUUGUAUCCCUGUAGACCACUGUGACCAGCUUGGGGCUUCAGGAGGCAUCCCACUCCUGAGGAACUGCAUGCUUUCUCCUAGGGGGCAGGACUUCCAACACCCCUUUCUCUGCAAAGCCCAUAUCAGCCUUGAGUUGGCUCCAGGCAAGCCAUACUCCAAGCUCCCUGCUGGUCAGCCAGUUGCAUCUGGCCUGAAGGUGCUGUCAGCCCACAGGGAGCUCUCUGUGGUCCUGACAACUUGCUGCCCAGCCUGCACUUUUUGCCUGUGCCCGGCUCAGAACAUCCCUGGCAGAGCACUGCUUCUUCCGCUGGGUUUUUUUUCCCAAAUACGCUUGCCGUGCAAAGACAAAGGGAAACUGGGUAGAAGGGAGAUCUAGAUUCUGCUCUGCAGAAUCCUACAUGAUUUUUAUUAUUAUUUUAUGAAUUAUAUUUAUUUGUAUCCCGCCUUUCUCCCGGACCAGGAUUCAAGGCAGCUUACGUGUAUUUAGAUAUAGUACAAAAAGCUAAAAGCAUAUGAGAGAUAAUCAUUGAAACAACAAUUAAACUGCAAUAGAAUUAAAAUAAUAUGGAAUAUAUAUUUGAAAAUACAGAGUGUACAUUGCAUUGCAAUGAAAGGAAGGUGAUCCCAGCAUGGAUCUUUGAGAGCUGCCACACCAUGUCUCCUAGCAGGGAGGGAGAAAUGCUCGGUUUUCCAGCAAGGGCAUGGAGUGUCAGUGGCCUUCUAAGCAGGGCUGCGUUUCCCACCAUACUGAACCAAUACUGAAUGCUCUGUUAUGUGUAUAGAGAGAACUUAGAAGUCAGUAUAUAUUUCCCCCCAUCUCUCUGCUGAAUCAGGCAGAGAGCCAUCCAGUCCAGCUUUGGUUCCUAAGAGCGGUGAGCCGCAGGCAGGAUGAGAGCAUGAUAGCUUUUUCCUUCUGCCUAAAUACUAGGUGCUACAGACAGUGGCUUGCUAUCACUGAACCAUGCAGGGGUGCAGCAGGCAGCCUCCCUUGUGGGCACAUCCAGCUGGGUCACAGGAGCCCUCAGCUGUUUCUUUUGAUCCACAGUGUGCCCCAGCAAACCAUGUGGGUAGUGCUGAGACUCUUUGAGGAAAACACAUGAAAACAUUAGUAGGGUGUGGGAAGGAGCUCCCCCUCUUGACUUAGUGACAUUUACCUUUGAGUUGAGAAGCAAGCCCUUCCCUUCUGACUGUCAGUUGCCACGUUGACUUUUGAGCAUGUUCUGUUUCUGAAAGCUUGACUGAAUUAAAUUAGCUCUCAAAAUCUUUAUGGGAUAGAAUGUGGGUCAGAGGUGUUUACCCCUGCGUGGAGAGAAACAGCCUCCUGAAAGGCUGACUUUUCCAACUCAGUGUUGGGUCUCUGACUGCAGUGGAAAAAUCCCACGAAUUUCAGCAGGAGUUCAUAGAGUUCCAAUUCGGCGUUGUUCUCUUUGAGCCGCCAGCUUUUUCCUGGCAACAUUGAGGCUAAUCUGAGAUCUGUAAUGAACACCCCUGACCUACCGCAAUAAACCUUUUUUAAAAAACAACAACAAUACACACAUAUGCACAUAACCUUCUCUCCAUUAAAGCUGGGAGAGAAUUUACUUUGCUCCAAAUUUUAAAGCUGGCAUAUCUUAAUUCACACCUCCCAAACCUAAUACACAGAUCGGAUUGUAAUGAUCCUUUAGAGUUUGCUAGCCGGUUCUCUCCUCAAAAAAACAUGCCAAAAUGCAUUUGAAAAAGGUGUGUGUUGGGAUAAAAUACCUUUCAAAGCUUGAAAUAAAAUACUUCAUCACAAUACCUAUCUAAAUACAUAUUUAAUUUUUGUGUGUGUGGAUUUCUGUUUUUUUAGAAAAUUGCAGAUUAAUGUGGAAACAGGGCAGGACAAAAUGAGGAUUAAACAAUGAGAAAUUGACAAUUGGCAUAGUGAUCUGUCCAUUCCUGCUUUCUGAAAUAGGAAGUGAUUAAAACAACCCAGCCUGACUUGCCGGUUCGUGGGGUGCCUUGUUGUCAGUAGGGUUUUUCAGCAUUGCAGGUAUUAAACUAGUGCUAGGAAGCCAAACCCUUCCUAAAUGGAGAUGAGCUUCUUGCCUAGCCAGGCUGCAUGCUCUUCCUUCUCAGGGGUGAACUUGGAAAAAGCAAGCUGCCUUUUGCUCCCACCCACACAAGCCGGGGCGCACAGUAAGGAAUAAUUGCCGCUUGUCUGUCCCUUUCCCAAGGCAAAUUCAUACCAGAAGUGACAGCUCACCAGCUGCAAGUCACUGGGGUGGACGCCUUUCACAGCUGACUUUAAAAUUACAUGAACCCUGGGACUUGCCUCUUUCUCUGUCAAUGUGUUGUUUUUUUAAAAAAAACAACCUGAAAUUUAUUAUCCAAACUGGGCAUUUGGACAUGGAAGCAACCAUCUGGGCAGGGAGGCAGUGCGAUUUCCCUCCCAUCUUCAUGUUUUACAUCUGUGUUAUUUACCUACCACACAGUGCAGUUGAGAAUGGAGGCAUGCAGGAUAUGUUCCUUUUUUGACAUUUUUAGCUGCUUUCUUUCUAUGCUGGAUCACCAAAGGUAGUGCUUAAUCCUCUAGAGAUUUUGUUUGUUUGUUUAUGUUUAUGCUACUAUGCUGGAAUCAGAUAGGCCCCUGUUCAAAAGCAAAACAAAAACCAGGAAAAGUAUUUGGGGGGUUUGGGGGGGGGGAUGUUUGUGUGACAAGGUAUUAAGGUUUGCUGUUUACAGUAAAGUUGGCAAGUUAUGCAUGGUUUGGAAGUCAAUGUUAAUUUCAAUGUUGAUACAUUGCUGAUUCAUUUGUCCCCUUCUUCGUAUGGUUGCUGGAGAUAUGAAUUGAAAAAAGCAAUACAUGGGGGCUAAAUCCUCAAGUAAACCUUAGCUGCUGCUUCAAGGAACUGUUUUGUUUAGAUGAGAGUUUCACUACUUUGAAAACAUUUAGAUCCUCUCUUCCCCCCUCACUGACACCUUAUCCGGCAGUGUUGCAUUCCCCCACUUACAUUAAUUGGGGUCUAAUUGGCCACAGUAACCUUCAAAAUAGCAAGUUAUUUGUUCUAAUUUUUGCACUCAGGGAAAAACUGCUGAGCGUUCUAGAAUGCGGAAGCAGGAGGUGACCAACAGUGCUGAUCCUGCCUCAGCUGCUAGCACAAAGCCAUCCAUAACACACUGAAAACACUGAGUGGUUGUAGAGCAGCUUGGUACAUUUAUGUGUUAACAAAUAAAUCUGCUACCACCACUGCAAAAUUGUUGGGGGUCUUGUGAGGGGGUGGUACAAACCAUUUGGGGAGGCCGUGGGUUAGCCGCCACUUCCCUACACAGCUUGUGUCUUCAGUUUCUAUCCACCUGCCCACCCACCUGCUUUUAGGCCCCACAAACAGCACCAGAGGCCUUCCUUCUUUAAGCACCCCUGCCAGGUGAGGUGGGUGGUGACUGAAGAGGCUGCUUUGUCCCCCGUGGGGAGCCCUUCCUGCAGAACUCUCUUCUGCAGAAAGGGUUGAUGGGGGGAUUAAUUUUUUUAGGUACGAAGACCUCACCCCCCCCUCCAUGACUUUUAAUUGUUGUUUAUCUCUGCUGGCUGUUUCGAAUGUGUUAAUGCAGAGAUGUGUGAUCUCAGGCCCCCAGAACUCUCUUAUCAGCCCCACGGAACUCUCCGCAGGCCACACCCCUCGUUGGUCCUGCUCUGCACCCUCCUGACAUGCUUUUGCCUGAAUAGAGCAUGUCCUUGAAUGGUUCCUGCUUCUGUGGAUGGAGAGGGGUGUGUUCAUGUGUAUAGAGACUUCCGUGUGACUGGAAUGUAGCCUAUUGGAGGAAGGUUAAGAGCCACAUUAUUUCAUCUGGCUGUGACCACCAGGGUAUUGGAUACCUUUGUUCACAGAAAACUCCAUGAGAAACACAUACACCCGGUGCAACAAACCCUGGCAUGACACAUUCUGUGACUGAGCCUCCAGCUGUGUGUAAUUCCUUUUGGAGCAGAAGAAGACAAUAACAUUGCAAGACGGCUUCCUCACCUCCCGGGUGUCUUUGCUCCUGCCUUUACCUGUCUCCGGGGUAUUUGCUAUAGAAAAAACGGAAAUCAUGAACCUGUUAAAAUUUUGCCCAAAUAGAUCUUAUGAAGAAGUAUUAGACAUGCACUGGAGAUGAGCUGCCCUUGUGGAGAAAUGCCAGCAGUUCCCAAAUGUUAUAAGCGUCUUACAGCUAAGGGGUGCUGUCAAGCUUGGCGUUAACCAAGUAACAUCUAAUGUGUUUGCAGAGAAUGCUAUCUGAGUGUGCCAUCUUGUUGCAGAGCUGAGAAAGGUUCAGAUAAGGGCAACGAGAAUUGCCAAGGGAUUGUAGCUCCUCCUCUAUGAGGAAGCAGUUAAGCAUUUGAUUCUUUUAGUUUGUGGGAGACGGUUGACAUGAUGGAGGUGCAUAAAAUUAUGCAAUGUGUGCAGAGAAGUUCUCUCGUAAUAAGAAUUCAGGAUCAUAUUGUGAAAUAAGAACAUAAGAAGGGCGUGCUGGAUCAAGCCAGCAGCCAGUGUAGCCUAGCAUCCUGUUCUCACAAUGGCCAACUAGUUGCACCCAAAGGAAACCUGCAAGUGGGAUCUGACUACAAGAGCACGCUCCCGCCAUGUGGCUUUCGCUGUAGAAGCAGAACAUAGCCAUCAUGUUUAGUAGCCAUUGAUAUCCUCCAUGAAUUUGUCCAACCCUCUUUUAAUUGAGAUUUGGACUGUAGAUUCAGGACAGACAAAAACAAACGAACUGUCCAUUCACACAGUGCAGAAAUUUGUACUUCACUGCCAUGGGGUGUGCUCAUGGGCAUCUUUAAAGAAGGAUUAGACAAAUUAAUGGAGGAGGAUGUAUUAUCUGUUAUUAUUUGCUCCCUGAUACUGAAUGGUACCUCUAUGUUUUAGAGACAGGGUGCUGCUGAAUGGCAGUUCCUGCAGGUCAUCAGUGAAACUAAGGGAUGGUGGCCUCAGUGUUGCCUAGCGGACUUCAGUGAUUUCAGACCUGGCUCCUUCCUUGAACCCAGACAUGCAUCUGUCUGGUACUGGUGCUGCGACCGAUCUUAGACCAGGCUGCAACCCAACUGUGGGUCCCAGGCCCACAAGUUGCUGUGGGACAGCCUGGGGCUCACCAGAUGUUUUGAGAUACCACUCCUAUCAGCCUUAGCCAGCAUAGCUGUAUGAUGCUGGGGGUGACAGGAGCAUGACCCUGCUGACCGAGGCUAAUGGGAGUUGUAGUUCCAAACAUCUAGAGGGCUCCAGGCUGACUUGGGCCAUCCCUCUCAACAGCUGGAAUUCUGUAUCUGAGGGGGAGAGGUGUCUGGCACUAGCUGUAUUUUUCCUUUUCCAACCAGAUGUGUGUCUGGGGAGGGGGAUGGGACACACACACACACACACACACACACACACACACACACACUGUUCUGGGGAUCAGUCUUGUUUGCUUUCCAUGCUAAGGGAUCCGUUUCCUUUCCUUCACAUCACAAAGGAGGCUUGAAAUUACAGAUAAUAGCAUCUCUUAACAGAUGGAACCUGCUGUUUCUCUUUUAAAUGUCAAAACUGAUUAGGUGCUCUUAUUCAAUCGCAGAGAUGUGGAAAAACCAUCUGACUUUACUGUUCCUCAUCCAUCCCCACCCCCUGUGUGUGUUUUAACGAUAGUCAUGUGUUCUGGAUUGGCUCUUUCCCUCUCUCCUCUCCCCCCCCCCCACUCUAAUGCUUAAAGUUGCAAAGUAGGCUGUUCCGUGCAUGAAUAAAACAGCAGAUUCAGGCUGUUAACCUAAAAAAGGGAGGGAGUGCAUGGGAGCACAAAUCUACAACCCAAGUUUCAGUAAUUCAAAAACACGCCUGACAUUUGCAGCCCGUCAGGCAAAUGCACAGAGGGUGGUGAGGCGUGGCGGAAGAACAGGUGCUGAAAUGAGCAGGCCAGAGUAUUCCAAGAUGUAGGCAGGGUCUUUGUGUUUCUUGACUUUUGUGGUGGAAGGAAGUGGGCACCAGCCUACAAAUUUGACUUAAUAAUAUGAUUUAAUCAAAUGCCUCCAGCCAGGAUUGGUGUGAUGCGCUCAAGGCUGAAAUGUGUACCCAGCCGUUUGGCGCACACGGGCCUUGGGCUGCAUUUAGCUUAGGUGUACUCUGAGUAAACCACUUGAAAUUAAUGGGCUGAGCAGGUCCAGCACUGAAUACAACACGUCGUGAACCUAUUCUGAAAGGUUUUGCCACUGCAUGCCUUUUUCCUCCAACGCUGUUCAUUUUACAAAACACCCUCUUGUUGUCUCUUCCUGGGGUGGUAAAGAGCAACUGCUUGAAAGAAGUUCCUGUCCCCGAAUGGAUCCUCCUGUCAGCUACAGUCUCUCGGCGGGUUAUAUAAUGUGGGUGUCUCUGGAGGAGCAUGUUAGGUUGAUUCCUGGGGUAACACGUCAGCGCUGUUGCAAUGAGUCUUAAAAUCAGGAAUGGUGUGAAAACAGGAAGAGCCUGUGGGUUCAGGCCAAAGGGGGCUCAUGUAGUCUAGCAUCCUGUUCUCUCAGUGGCUAACCAGAUGCCUGCCACAGGCAGGAUUUGAGCACAAGAGCCCUCUCCCCUCCUGCGCUUUCCAGCAAUGUAUUCAGAAGCAUUGCUGUUUCCAACCAUGGAGGGAGAGCAAUAGCCAUCAUGGUUCAUGACCAUCGAUAGCCUUAUCCUCCACAAAUGUAUCCAGUCCUCUUUUCAAAUCAUCCAAAUUGGUGGCCAUCGCUGCCUCCUGUGGGGGUGAGUUCCAUAGUUUAACAACGAUUUGUAGGUAGCCAUGUUGGUCUGACGCAGUCGAAAUAUAUAUAUAUAUAUUUUAAAAAUUGUCCAGUAGCACCUUAAAGGUAAAGGGACCCCUGACCAUUAGGUCCAGUCGUGGCCGACUCUGGGGUUGCGGCACUCAUCUCGCUUUAUUGGCUGAGGGAGCCGGCGUACAGCUUCUGGGUCAUGUGGCCAGCAUGACUAAGCCACUUCUGGCGAACCAGAGCAGCGCACGGAAACACCAUUUACCUUCCCGCCGGAGCGGUACCUAUUUAUCUACUUGCACUUUUUGGUGUGCUUUCGAACUGCUAGGUGGGCAGGAGCAGGGACCGAGCAACGGGAGCUCACCCCAUCGCGGGGAUUCGAACCACUGACCUUCUGAUCGUCAAGUCCUAGGCUCUGUGGUUUAACCAACUAAGUUUGUUCUUGGUAUAAGCUUUCGUGUGCAUCUGAAGAAGUGUGUAUGCACACAAAAGCUUAUACCAAGAACAAACUUAGUUGGGCUCUAAGGUGCUACUGGACAAUUUUUUUAUUUUAUGAUUUGUAUGGCGAAGUCGUUUCUUUUAUCUGUCCUGAAUCUUCCAAUAUUCAGCUUCGCUAGUGGUUGUCCAUUCGUGUUGUGAGAUAAGGAGAAAAAAUUCUUUCUGUCCCCUUUCUCUAUACCGUGCAUACUUUUAUAAGCUCUCCCCACUCCUUCUCCCGUGAUGCCAGAACCCAGGGUCAUCCAGGGAAAUUGUCUGGCAGCAGAAGCAGAACUUCACACAAAUCAUAAUUUAAUUUGCAGAAUUCCCUGGUAGAAGGUGUCACGACUGUCCGUAGCAUAAGCAGCUCAUGAAGUCACCCACACAAAGUUCAGGGUGCUGAUUCUGGUGUAUAAAGUCCUAUACAGCUUGGGACCCAGGAUACCUGAAAGAUUGUCUCGCCUCUUAUAUACUGAAUCGAUCACUGUGCUCUGCAUAUGAGGGCCUCCUGCAGAUGCCAUCUUAUCAGAAGCUCUGUUCUGCAUAGUGCGGGAUUCUAGCAUUUAGUGGUGUUGUAUGUACCCUUUGGAACUCCCCCCCACUUAAAUAUUAGACAGGCACUGUUUCUGCACCUACCAAAAACCUUCCUCAUUCAGCAAGCCUUUUAAGCUGAGAUCUUUCUCACUCUGCAUCUGUAUCUGGAUAUCGUUUUUUAUCACUUGUUCAUUGCCCUGGGCUCCUUUGAGAGGAAGGGUGGGAAAUACAUUUAACAAAUAAGUAAAGCCCAGACCUCCUUAGCCUUCAUCAAGGCCUUAUGUGUCUUCAGAGUAUGGAGCCUCCAUGUUUAGAGGCAGUGUACCUCUGGGUUCUGGUUGCCAAGCAACAGCAGUGAGAGCAGGAUGUUGUUUUCAAGCCCCCCUUGCGAGCUUUGCAGAGGUAUCUGAUAGAUUACUGUGGGAAGCAGGAAGGCAGGCUAGAUGGGUCUGUCCUAGUGGGCCAUGAGUCAUCCCUGUGUUUGAAAACCUCACUUGAGCAAUUGCUUGACAUCUAUUUGCAAAGUCUAAGCCAGCUUUGGAUAAUCUGUAGGGCACUUAGAUGAACAAAUUAGAGCACAGAAUGUAUAGCUUUUGCUGGAAAAUGGUACCUUUCUGUUAAUUUGCCCCUCACCCCCACCCCGGCUGCCGCCAUGGAAUAAAUGAUGGUGCUGCAAACUAAAAGUUCACCGUUAAUGCAUUUUUGGCUUCAUUUAAUUAGUGAAAAUGUGUUUAUCCCACAUUUCCGUUUUGCUUGUUGAUGUUUUGUUUUUAAAGAUCAAGAUGACUUAUGACACACUUAGUAUGUGCAUCUGAACAAAAUAAUAGAAGCAAAUAUUACAGAACAAGAGAUUUGUCAUGGCAGAUACAGUAAAUAUAAAAUCAGGAGGGUUGUGUGUUGGUCCCUAAGAUGCUCCAAAAAUCUACAGCCAAAUGGGACCAAGCCAAAUGGGUGAAAAUUAUGGCACACUUUCAGUAGAUAGGGUUUUUGUAACAACAACAACAACAACUGUUAGAAUUUAAUUACUUUUUAAUAAUUAUCUUUUAUGUGUCUUUUUAGCUUUUUGCAUUUUACCUGUGUUGUUUCAGUCCAUGUGAGCCACCUUGAAACCUGGUCUGGGGGGAAAGGCAGGCUCUCUCUCUCUCUCUCUCUCUCUCUCUCUCUCUCUCUCUAUCCCCCCCCCCCCCCAAAGUUCUCCAGAAUUCUUGAUCAGGCAAAUCAGCGGCAGAGAGAGGGGGGUGGGGGGUAUAAAAUAGGCUGAAUGUUGUAGCCAUCAGGUCAGCUUGUAGAGGCCUGGGUUCCCAGGGGGAGACUGCAGGCUGAAUCAUCCCCCCCGCUGUUCCCGUGUACUGUAUCCCCAGUACUGUGGGGAUACAAAAGCAACGAAUGUUUCCCAUUGUGUGUGUGUGUGUGUGUGUGUGUGUGUGUGUGUCUGUGUGUGUAAGGACCAUGGUUUACUGGUGCAUCUGCAACAAGCAAACCACAGUCAAGAUAGUUCUGUGGCCUCUCUGCUUAGAAAAUGACAGGUAGGUCUUGUCAGCAUGUUUGUGAUGUGUUAAGCAGGGUAGGACACUAACCCAUGAUCAGCGCUGGGCUGCUGCCACAGCUGAGCUGUGAAUUGAACACAGAUUCCCCCAUAUCAUAGAAGUGUAGAAUUGGGACCCUAGGGUCAUCUAUCCCCUAUCUCUGCAAUGCAGGAAUCACAGCUAAAGAACCCCUAGCACACAGCUAUCCAAACUCUGCUUAAAAACCUUUAAAUGUGCUUCCAUGUGAAAGCCCUGCAGAUAUUUGAAGCGUGGUCAGGGGUCCCUUUACCUUUACCUAUUGUAUCACCUCUCAAAAUGAGCUUUGUAUCCGCUGAACUUUAGCUAACUUUUCAGGGCCAGCAUGCAGCUUGCAGAUUAUAAUGCUACUUCUGACGUCUUGCUCCAUCACCCUCAUGUUAAUUGCUCGGGACCGGCCCAUGGAUUUGACAGCACAAUGGCAUGAAACACCUUUGGCAUCUCUGACAAGAGUCAGUUUUGCAAUCUUGCCUGGUUGUGCGGCUCCCAGCGAUGCCCAUGAAAAGAUGCCCAGAGCUGCUUCUCAGGAAUUUGCUGACUUGCUGCCAGCGCCUUCCUUGCCCCAGCACUGGACAAGAUCUUUGUCUUUGGAAAAAAAAAAGUUAUAAAUAAACAAAAAGCUACCCAAGCUGGAGUUGCCCUCUUACAGCUUGUUUCAUUUUAUUUUAUAGUGUUUAUAGUCCCUGUAGCUUCUAAGUCAAGCUCUGUUCUACUGGUUUUUAUCUAGUACAAAUGAUGACAUCAAACUGGAAAUUGAAAAACAAACCUGCUUUAAUUGGUAAAAGUUCAUCUUGUCUUUAGGAUCCAAACAACUUGCAGAACUUUUUUGGCGUGGGGGGGGCAGUUAAAAGUACAGCUUUUUUUCCACCCUAGAUAGCUGCAGACAGUACUCUUAACAGCUUUGAGCUGCCAAACUCCACUUGGCACCCGGCACCCUUCCCUGCUCCCCCAGCUGGCUUUUCAUUGCUGGACCUCUUGCACGUACCUAAAGUGCUGCUGUGCAUGGCACUGACAUGAAUUCCACUGUUACUGAUUUUACCCUUGGUAAAAGACUUGCUUUGAACAGACAAAGCCUGGUGUGGAGGAGAAGGCUCUCGAUGUUCUGCCAGCCACAAUGGCUAUUCUCUUCCUCCACAGUCAGAGGCAGCAAUGCACCUGAAUGCUGGUUGCUGGAAGCCAAAGAAGGGAAGAGGACUCUCUCAUUCAGAUGCUGCUUGUGAGUUUCCUAAUCAGGCAUCUGGUCGGCCACCGUGAAAACAGGAUGCUGGACUAGAUGGACCCCCUUUGGCCUGAUCCAGCAGACUCUUCCGAUGUUCUUAUAGGACCUAAACACUCAAGAAGCAUGGAAUUCCUCCUUGGGACCCUGCUAUGUAAAAGGGAGCUGAUUGAUCUCCAUGAACCCACAUGAGGUGCCAUAAGAGAGACUCCCUGAGCUCAUCUUGUGUGAUUCCCUGCAUCAAAAGGGCUGCUUGGCAUUCUGGCCCCUCACCUGCCCUUUCUGCCUUCUGUUGGAGAACCUGGUCGAUUUCAUAAAAUUUAUAUACUGCAUGAUUGUAGCGAAUAAAAAGGUUUACACAAAAAAUAAAACAACUAGAUUAUUAGUAAAGGCAAUAACGUUUUUUUUUAAAAAAAAAUAAAAACCAGCAACAAACUAAAAAGACAUCUGCAUUCUAAAUAUCUGGGUAGGCUUGUCUAAAUCAAAAAGCUUUUAGCAGGCACCCAAAAGAGUACAGUGAAACUGCCUGCCUGGUGUCAAUAGGCUAGGAGUUCCAAAGCGCAGGUGCUGCCAUGCCAAAAGAUUGAUUUCUUACAAAAGAGGAACAGGUGAUGCUCCUAACAAUGCCAAUUCUGCAUAUCAAAGCGGUUGAGUGAGCAUAUAUAGGUUAAGACAGUCUUGCAGGUGUAGACUGGUCCUACGUUAUUCAGGGCUUAGUAUCCCAAUUGUAACACCUUGAAAUUGGCCCGGGACCAAAUCUGCAAACAGCGCAGAUCUCUGAGCAGAGGUGCGGACAAGUCUUUACUUCCAUCAGCAAUUGUGCCUCAGCAUUCUGCACAAACUGCAGCUUCUGGAUCUGAUGCAAGGGAAGCCCCACAUAGAGUCCACUGCAGUAACCCAGUCUUGAAGGUAACCCAGGCAUGAACUACUGUGGGCCAAGCUUGAUGAACUCCUCUGUGUCUUGCAGGCAGCGUGAUCACAAUUUCUGGGCGCAUGACCUUCACGAGCAAUAAGUCCAUGGAGAUCGAGGUCUUUGUGGAUGCUGACCCCUUUGUGGACGAGUCUCAGGAGCGGUAUCGGGCUGUCAGUGCAUUCUUCACCUAUGUGUCCCUAAGCAAGGAGGGAAGGCCGCUCCCUGUCCCACAGCUGGUGGUAAGCCUUACGAGUCCCCCCUCCCAUCUUUUGGUCCUGCAGAACUUGGCUACGAGUCCUUCUCUUCUCUCUCCCCGCCCCCCAUUUUGGCACAUGUUCCUAGAUGACUUCAGAGAUGUUAAGCAUCCUGGGAGACUCUGCACUCCCGCUGUUGGUGAGAAGCAUUUGAAAGCAAACACAGAACCCUCCUGCUUAGCCGUUUCCAGCUGCAUUUCAAUGUAUUGUUUAAACAAAACACGCAGCAUUGUGAACGCCCUCCAGGGUUGUGUUUUCCCUCUCUGCUUCCAGGGUGGAGAGGUCACAUGGACUCAAGUUUCUCGUUUGUCAGAGAUGAUGUGUCUUACGCAGUUGAGCUCUUUAUGCAAUGUCCCUGGGGCUUUUUUGUGUUCCGUCCAGCAAAAUCUUGUUCUCUUAAUUCAGCAUGGAAAAAAGAGAGAGAAGAAGCUGCUUAAAUUAGGCUGAAGACACAUUUUGUUUUGUUUUUUCAGAGAGCUGAAAGUGGUUUGAAAGAGAGAUCGACUGCUCAUGGUGUGUGUAUGGGGGGGAGGGGUGUUAUCUUGGUUUUGCCCUUGACCAAAUGGGCUUGACAGGUUUUUGUGGGGGUUUUUUGUUUUGUUUUUACAGCAACCUGCCAAACCUAUUUGGCUAGAGAAAGCAGUUGAACAAUAAAGGUGUUUGUGUGUGUGUGUGUGUGUGUGUGUGAGAGAGAGAGAGAGAGAGAGAGAGAGAGAGAGAUUCCCCCCUCAAACGAUUUUCACGUCUCUAAAAUUAUUUCUCCAGUCCUUUACCAUAACUGCAUGUUGCUACCUAAGCAAGUGUAGCUUCCCAGACCUACUUUUGCCAACCUAACACAAAUAUGAGGGCAGAAGGGGCAUUUCUAGGGAAGGAAGCAUGCAUAAUCUCUCCUGGGCCCAUCAAUUCUUCCCAACAGUUGCCACAUCUCCACCUCUUGAUUGUUUUUCCCUCCACUGAGUUUACAUCUCUUUCCAGUCAGAGCCUGGCUUAGACAGGGAGGUGGGCAUUCUUAAAAAAGUGGUCUGGUGGAGCAUUUGUGGGUGAGAAUCGGCUGAGAAAGGGUUAAACACCCUACCCACUUCUCCGCUGGACCACCAUCAUUUAUCCCACUCAUACACAUGCCUCCAUGCUGAACAUACAGGGCUGGAAACCCUGUAUAUUUUGCUCUGUCCACCCGUAGUGUCUCCAAAGAGUCCCCUUAAAACCCAUGAUAAGAAAACACCUAAUCUUUUCUAUAGUGUUUGUCCCAUUACUGUCUCUUGAAAUGUUUUUUAAUUAUAAGCAUUAAGGUAGUAUUGAUGCAGAAUUUGGAGCCAUACGGCCUCCAGCUUCUAUCGAUGUUUGAACGUCACCUCUUCCUCCUCCCCAAAAAAGUCUUCCUGGCUUACUUUUCCUACCGACUAUUGUCAGUCCUGCUUCCCUUUUAUUGCCUAUUUUUAGCUGUCUUCACUCAGCCGCUCAGAAACAGCUGAGUGAGAGAGUUGUUCCUCGAUUAAUAUGUUAUGCCUUGUUGAUUUCCAACGGCACUCAACUCUCCCCCGGCCCCCCGGUGUUUCAAAGCAUUUAGUCGACUCGGCUUGGUUUUGCUAUCGGAGUAGUGUUUAUAUAAUUUGUUCUUAACAUUAAAUGAAACACACAGAUACACCCCACUUAAAUUUCUUGGUGCUAUUAAAUGGGGGGGGGGACAUCCCCCCCCCAAUGUGCUUCACUUCUUUAUUUCUGGAGCUUGUUAUUGCCUUCAUGGAAUUUAAAGUCAGCUCAGCUCCACUUCAUGUAACUUUCCAUUCUUGUAAGGCUGUUGGCCAGGCCAAGACUUUGAUUUAUUUCUUGUGUAUUUCAUAGAAUCAUAGAAUCACAGCGCUGGAAGGAACCACAAGGGUCAUCUAGCCCAACCCCCAGCCAUGCAGGCAUCACAGCUAAAGUAUCCCUGACAGAUGGCCAUCCAACCUCUGUUUAAAAUCCUCCAAUGAAGGAGAGACCACCACCUUCCAAAGGAGUCCAUGCCACUGUCAAACAGCUCUUACCAUCAGAGAGUUCUUCCUAAUGUUUAGUCGGACUCUCUUGUAAUUUGGAUCCAUUGAUUUGGGUCCUGCCCUCUAGAGCAGCAGAAAACAGGCCUGCUCCAUCUUCCAUGUGGCAGCCCUUUAAAUAUUUGAAGAUGGCUAUCAUAUCACCUCUCAGUCUCUUCUUGUCCAGGCUAAACAUACCUAGCUCCCUCAACUGUUCCUCAUCAGGCUUGCUUUCUAGACCCCUGAUCAUCUUGGUUGGCCUCUCUACACAUCUUCCAGCUUAUCAAUAUCCCUCUGCGACUGUGGUGCUCAGAAGUGGACACAGGGCUCUAGGUGGGGUAUGAUCAGGGCAGAGUAGAUUGUUGAUGUAGCCUAAAAUUUAUAUAUUUAUUUGCCACUCUUACACACCAUGUUCCAAGCCACAGCUUACAUCAACAAGAGGAAUAACAGUAAAACAACAUCUUAAAACGGCCACAACAAUUGCAUAGCAAGGCAGCUGAAAGGAUGUUAUCAGCCAGCUGGGAAAGCAUUUAUUCUCCAUAGGAACCCCAAUGGGAGCAUUAACACCCCAACACAUCUUGCUUCUUCCCCAUUAGGGUUCUAGGGGAACCCCAAGUCACAUCUUUAGGUCCAUCCAGCACAGAGCAGGCCCCUCUCUUCUCUCUCCAGCUUCCAGCAUCAGGCAAACUGAAACACACAACUCCCUGGCUAGCAUUGUGUUGCGUUUCCCUAAAGCCUUUAUUUAUUUAUUUAUUUAUUUAUUUAAACACUUUACAUACUACUUAAGUACAAACAUCUCUGGGCGGCGUGCAAAAAUUAUAAUACAGAAAAGGUUAAAAACCAGGUUAAAACUAUAAAAUCAGACCUCAGUUAAAAUGCCUGCUGGAAUAAAGUCUUCAGUAAGUCCUGGAAGUUCAGGAGCGAAGGGGGCCUGACUGACAUGGCUAAGGCUUCAAGUUAUAUCCCUGACACCUGCAACAGAACAGCUGGGAAGGACUCUCUCUCUCUCUGGGGCCUUGGAGAGCUGCUGCCAGUCAGAGUGGACAAAGCUGGGGCUGGAUGGAUGCAAUGGAGCCUGACUCGGAGGAAGGGGGCUUCACUGUAUGUCAAUGUUUUCCAGGGUUCUGUUCUGCCUCUGCUCUAAGCCGCUGUAUUCCCUCGAGCCAGAAUUAAAUUUCUGGCAAGCGGGCUCCCCACCCCAUGCUGAGCAAUGCGGAGAUGCUAAUCUUCUUGGAUUGCAGUGUUCCGAGUUCCUUGAACUGAUGUGUUUGUCUUUGAGGCUGGUCCGCUGUGCAGUUUCCAGGCGAAGGUCUCUCAUCCCAGGCUCCCCGCUGCUGUGGCAUCCAGGGGGCACAUCGAGGGCUGCUUCACAUUGCCAAACCAAACUGGGCUCCUCCUGCUUGCUGCUCAGUGCUUCUGCGAAGCAGAACUGCCUCAGGCUGUAGAGAAUCAUAGAAUUUUAGAGCUGGAAGGGAACCCAAAGCUCAUCUAGCCCAAACUCCUGAGCACAGGGAGUUUCCUAAGACUAUUUCCCAUCACCACCACUUCUAACCAGAGGUUCAGCUGCACUGACACCUAGUUAAUGAGAAUCCAGAUCUUCCAUUGAUCUGCUGUGCCCACAUACUGCUGGUGGGCCUGUUUGAGGGCAGCGAGUCCUGAGAGGAAAAUUAAAUGUUGAGUCCUAGAAUGUAGGUGUCCAAAGGAUGACUUCAUGGCCCGUGUAGCCAAUUCCUUGUCCCUUGGGGCAGGGUUCCAAAGCUACCUUUGGCUGAGAGACUGAGCCCCCUAGUUCAACUCUUGCCUUGCCCAUGAGCUCCCUAGAACACCAUGCAAAAGCCCCUCUGGUGUGGAUUUCUGCUCCCAGCUAUUAGCAACUCAGAUGCCUCUGGAAAGACCAGGAAGCAGGAUAUGAUGGCAACAGCUGUCUCGCCGACCCUCUGCAGCAUCGGAUAUUCUGUGGUCUCUGAACCCAACAGUCAUUUAUCGAUCUCCCUCUCUAGAAUUGUCUGAUUCCCUUUAAUAUUUAAGACUGUUUUGAUGUCUAAAUUAGCAGCUGUCACCCCGUCUCACGAAUAAUAUUGGCCUAUCUUGCUAGGAAAUUGUUAGGCAAACUGUGAGGUUAUGAAAUUUAGCACAUCAUCAGUUUCAGUAUUAAUAUGCUUGCCUGUCUGCUGUCUCCACCCACAUUCCACCUCAAGACUGAUACAGUGCAGGCUCCCUCCCUUGAUCCAACAUCAGCCCAGCCACCCAGCCCAUUCCAUUCUCUAGCCCAGGGGUAGGCAAAGUUGCACCCUCCAGAUGUUGGAGCUGCCAGAAUGGGGGUCUGGCCUGAUCCACACUCACAUAGUUGGUUGGCCUGUUAAGAAUUUGCUGGUCAGCGGUUCCACAGGCGUGGUUUGAAAUCUAAGCUGAACAAACACAUCUCUAAACUUGGGAGGGGGGAGGCAAAGUUGGACCUGGGACCUCAUGGACCCACCCAACCAGCUCAGCUGCAGAGCCAUGCUUCCAACCCCUAAUCCCAAGAGGCAAUCUUGAAGGAUUCAAUGGCAGCUUGAAAUAGGGAGAGGACAGGCCCAGGUUUGCUAGCUGACUUUGGGUCAGCCCCACUCCUGCCCCCCAGGGUUGUUUGGCUUCAAUAGGUAUAAUCUCAGCAGGAGGCAGUGGUGGUAAAUAAAGGAAGGAUCCUCUUCCGAAUUCCAGGGCUGAGCUUUGAGGUCUGGCUCUGAUUAACCACCAAUUGUGUUGGAGGAAUGCUGGCUUGAGUUUACUUCUGCAGGGGAUGGGUGGGUGUGUCGGAAUUUUAGCUGCAGUUGCUUAUGGGGGGUAGUUCCUGCCAUUUUCCAUCUUAAAAUAUGCUCUCUCUGGGUCAACUCCAGGUCUUCUGGGGGUGGGAGAGGAACGGCCUCCAGGCAGUUGCAAUGCAAGGGGCUGUGGUGACUUUUUUAGUUUGGUCUCCUGUGGGGUGGGGAGGGGUGGGAGGCUUGGCAGGCAUGGAGCAAAGCUGGCAGGAAUUCUUCAAGCUGUGUGGCCGUUCUGCAUUUUAACUGGGUCAUUUCAGCAGGGGGCAGAGGGAGGAGUGCUGCUGCUGAACUGUGCCGUAUGAGGCUGGGUUACCAGGAAAUCCCAGGUUCAAAUGUCACUUGCUGGGUGACCACCCACCCACCUGUAAUAUUCUGAAACUGGGCUUACCUUAUGAUCCUGGGAAGAGUUAAUGCAGGCCAAGGUUCAUAUUAGACACAGUUGCAUGGAACUUACUCCAACCUUUGUUGAUGGAAAGCAGUCCCAAGAAGCUGCAAGUUCCAGGAGGGGGCCGGUGGACCUUUUCCUGCCCCUCCAAGCUAUUCUCACAUCCCCCCCCAACCUUGCAGGUGCCUAUAGCAGUGUUGUUUGUUGAGCCAAUUGUGAGCACAGUGACCAUAGCACUAUUAAAUUAAAUAUCCAUGUAAAUGGCCAAUUACCAAGACAAUCCAGCACUGUCAUUUUCGAUUUCAAAGAAAUCCUCAGAACGAGGAGAUUGGUAGAAAGGAGUGUGUAAUGCAGAUCAGGAGAGGUACCACAAGCGCAAGAGGAUGCCAGUGCGGUUAAUGGGCAGAGUCAAAGGAUCUAUUAGAGGCAAGGAGGCUACUUUCAAAAAGCAGAAGUCUUGUCCAAAUGGAAGAGAACUUUGGCAAAAGAAGUGCAAGCAGACAGCAAGGGAUGCUAAAAAGGGAAGUGUUGCUAAAAGCAUUAAGACCAGCAACAGGAAGUUCUGAGACUGUCAUCUGUGGAGGUGCCUGAACAGGAAGCUGGGCUGGAUGAGCCACUGGGAUGUCCCAGCGGGUUCUUCUCACGUUCUUACAUCAAGUGGGGAAUUGCUCUUUGGGGAAAGGGGUUAAGCAGCACCACCAGGGCUCUGCUCUGUAUCACAGGCUUCCAUGACAAAACUAGAAAGUGACACACGCUUUCCAUUAAUGUGUGGCUUGAAUCCAAGUUCAGCCUUCCUGAGCCAGGUGCCACCCCACAGUUGUUUUUGGAGUACAGAUCCCAUCAGCAUGAGCCAUGCUGGCUGGGGUGGAUGGCAGUUGCAGUCCAAAACACCGGAGGGGGGCAUCAGCUGGGUUGGGGAAGGCAGCUAAGAUAACAGCACAGAGAUCAGCUGGAGAUUCUGUAGUGCUGGCUGAAUUAACUGUUAAGUGUUAGCAUUCUAAAACAGUGUGGUCAAGUUCCCCAAAGUGAGUGAUUCCUGCAGGUUUGCAUGGUUUCCAUAAUGGGGAAAUCCUCUGAGAGUCACAAUGUUCCUCACCACCAGGAUGAGAAGCCUCUCAGGCUGAAAGGGGCAGAGGAGGAAGAGCAAUCGAGGUGAAAGGUGGGCAAGUUUGGGAAGGAAGCUUGGGAAAGCCCUGCAGUUGGAUAUUGCCGAGAGCCAGCGCGGUGUAGUGGUUAGAGUGUUGGGCUAGGACCCAGGAGAGACCAGGGUUCAAAUCUGCUGCUCGGCCAUGAACCUUGCUGGGUGGCCUUGGGCCAGUUACCACCCCUCAGCCUACCUCACAGGGUUGUUGUGGGGAUUAAAUGAGCAGGGGGAGAACCACGUGGCACCACCUUGAGCUCCAUGGAGGAAGAGGUGGGAUAUAAAUGCAAUAAAUAAAAUAAAAGCCCAUCUCUUCCAGCUCUGGCUUUGCUGUGGUGGCCAACCAGGAAGCUCCUGAGUGAAAUAUGUAUGUUUGGGGGGUGGGGUGGGGGGAGCAAGGGACUUACCCAGCAAUGCAGGGCCAAAGAUCUUCCCUUCCAGCUGGAAGAUAAUACUACACCACUUGGCAGCAGAUAAACACAGAGGACUUGGUUGGAAGGGAGCGAUUCAUUAGCGCCACCACUCUUCCUGGGGGAAUCGUCCUGCCAGGCUGGUGCAUAAUAACCACUGUGAUCCAGAAACGUCCCCCGGCUGCCUCUGACUAAACCACCAAGGAGCCUGCCAGCCACCUGGCGUGUGCCUUUUUACAAGUGAUUAAGUACCUGGGUUCAGCCACAAGUCCUCUGCGUGUAAAACACGUCCCUGCAAAUGGGAUUGUCGCAUCAGUUGGCAGGUGUGCCAGGAAUGUCCUUGUCUCUGAUGUACAACGGGGGAUCGGAAAACCAAGGGCUUGCCAAAGCCAAGGCCAGAACUCGAUCCUUUGUCCCUCUUUGCCCCCCACCCCUUCAGUCGCCACAGAUUCUGUUCAGGCUCAAAUAUUCUAUUGGGGGAGAGUGUUCAAAUCAAGCAGAUUCUUGUUUUAUUGAUUUGGAGCACUUGACCCCCACUCUUCAGCCAGAAAGGCUCCCGGAUUGGCUUACAUACAGUCAAUUAAAACAAGUCAGACCCUGCCCACUCAGGCUUACAAUUUUCAAAAAACACAAGGGAAAAUGAACAAGGAGGGAAGCAGGAGGAUCACACUCGGGGACAAAUUCAGUUCUUUGUUUAAUGACCAGCUGGCACAGAGCAGAUCAUAGUCUUGUAGAGUUGGAAGGGACCCAAGGGAUCUUCCAGUCCAACCCCCUGCAAUGCAGGAACCACAGCAAAUAUGAUUGCAGAUGAGCAUUUUCCUUCUGCCUUGCGUCUACAGUGGUGGACUUGUUGCUGGUCCGCGAGGCAGUGUGAUUCAGUGACUAGUGUGUGAUGUUUAGGUAUGUGAAAUGAAGUGGGGUUUGUGGGAGGUAUGGAUGUUGUGGAAUCUCAUCAGAAUGGGAAACAGUACCGGAAAUUAUGUGGAUUCAAACAGGAACAGAGUUCAGGCAGGCAAAUGUGAUUGUGUACUCACUGUUGUCACUUUUUUGGCCCUCCCCCCCCUCCCCAAAAUGACACAAACGAUGUGGAAUCACUUAACAAUAUCACAAAUUAAUUGCAUGUAAAUUUGGCCACAGCAAACAAGCAAAAAAAAAGUGUUUUUGUGGAAUUCAAUCUGCACCAUCAUCGUCGUCGUCAUGAAUUUAUAUAUAUGACGCUUUUCCAUGGUGGGACUGUGCUCAAAGCAGUUCACAACAACAUGCAGAAUAAAAUCUAACAACAUUUCAAGAUAAUGCAUGAACACUUGCAAAACAGAAUACAAUUUAAAUGAUAAGUUGUGCUAAUAUCAAUAUAGCAAGCAAACAUUUCAUGUUAAUAAACACUGAAACAAAAUAAAAUACAAUACAUCCAAGUAGCAGCAAAAACAAUGCUGCCGCCACCCCAGCAGAGGGUUGGGGCAAGGCAGGGGCAACAGCUUGCCCCUGGUGGUAAGGUAAAGGGACCCCUGACCAUUAGGUCCAGUCGUGGCCGACUCGCGUUUACCUUCCCACUGGAGUGGUACCUAUUUAUCUACUUGCACUUUGACGUGCUUUUGAACUGCUAGGUUGGCAGGAGCAGGGACCAAGCAACAGGAGCUCACUCCGUCGCGGGGAUUCGAACCGCCGACCUUCUGAUCGGCACGUCCUAGCCUCUGUGGUUUAACCCACAGCGCCACCCGCAUCCCCUGGUGGUAGCAAAACAGAAAUGACACUCCUUUGCAUCCCUCACUGUGGGUGUGAGUGACCCCACCCCCAGCCAUGGUGAACAGGGGUUUGAGAUGGAAAGGAGCAGAGCCUGGAGACCCCAGGGAGCAACCCCAAGUGAGCAGCUCUGUUGGGAUCCAGAAACAAGGGCUGGGAGAUGAAAUGAUCAGAACCCUAGGAACAUCAGGUGCUGCCUUAUACUGGUCUGUCUACCUAGCUCAGUAUAGUCUAGACUGACCGGCAGCAAUGGCUCUUUGGGGUUUCAGGUAGAGAUCUCUUCCAGCCCUACCUGGUGCUGCUGGGGAUUGAAUCUGGGACUUCCUGUGCAAAGCAGAUGCUUUACCACUGAGCCACCAUCCCUUCCUUCUAGCAUCUUUCUUUGCUGCUAAAACUACAAGGAGAACCAAAGAGGCACAAGAGACCUACAAGGGAGCUGAAGGGAAUGGGAGAGCUCUAAGGAACUGGAGGGCAUCCCUUGCAAAACACCCACUUGGAAAUGUGCCCUUAACAUUUUGAAAUGUGGAUCCCAGGGUACCCCUUGGUUUCCUGCAACUGUGGAUGAGGACUGACAGAUGUUUCCUGUCUGUGCCGAUGUCUCUAGGGAAGAUCCUCCCCUUAACCUAGCCAGCCAACGAAAGGAUGAGUGGUUAUAAGAAUACAACGGGAACCGCUUUUGUCGAAGAUUUAAAACACAGUGAAAUAAGUGGCUGGGAAAACCCUGCCUGUCCCUCAUGUGCUUUAGGUUCCGGGGCCAGCUUAAUCCAGCCUCGACCGUGCCCACACCUGUUCUGUCUUUGCUCGGCAGGUAGAAACAGAAGAUGAGAAGAGGCGUUUCGAGGAGGGGAAAGGCCGCUACCUCCAGACCAAAGCCAAGCGCCAGGCACAGACUCAGCCGCUCACUCAGCAAUGACCGAUCUCAGCCGGAGCCCCUUCCGGGAGGAGAGAGCCACCAUCAGCACAUCCACUCAGAUAUCUUCACUUUGGGCAUUUCAAUAGCAGAACCUGACUGGUAGCACAUAGAGCCCUCAUGGCACCCCAGAGAAAGCCACCAUUCUGUUAUAUCUGUACUUGUCGUAGAUAGUCCAACUGGCACAUUAGGAGCCAUGCUAGGCGGCCAGGGAUGCCCUUGGAAAGGUGGGGUGGGGGGCUUCGGGACAAGGGAUUGUGGGUGGUAAUCCUGCUUGGGGAGUUACGGAGCUUCAUUAUUUUGAAGGCUGCUCCACCUAGGAGGGCUACUGUAUUUUAACAAGGUUUCAUUUUUUUGCGGGGACGGGGUGGGGUUUGCCUUGAAAAAUCCUGGCCAGCCUCCCCUAGCCCAAUGCCCUCCAGAUGUCUUGGGCUUCCAAGACUGAUGGGGCUUGUAGUCCAAAAUAUUUGGAGGACACCAGGAUUGCUGGGCAGGCUACCCUUGUUACAUGCAGACGAACUGAACACCUGGCUGGGGCAACACAAGGACUACGUCGUUGCACUUACGGGGGCUGCUCUCCUCACCCCCAAAAAAGGCACUAGCAUUCUCUCAGAAGAAUGAUGGGGCCAUUAGCACAGAUUUUUUUUUCCAGGGCCUUGUGUCUUUGUUAUGCUCUUGUUUCACACCCUUCCCUUCCUCUCAGCAAACACCAAAAGCUGCUUCAUGACAGUCACAAGCCUAAAAAACAACGCUGUUCUCUGUAUUGUUAUCUGGCAGUCUCUCUUCGUCCUGUUCCAUUCCUCUUGACUAUACAUAUGUAUAUGUAUAUGUAUAUGUAUAUGUAUGCCUAAUUUAUUUAAUGACCAUUGUGAAUAAAGACUCUAUGCCUUUAUUUCAGUGAUGGGUUUCUGUUAAAUUGCUUUGGGCAGGUAGAAUAUGCAGGCGACUCUCAACUUAUGCAGGGGGCUA